UUGAAAUACGUGUUAUUUAGCGACAAAAAGUUUGCUCCUUUUUGAACCGCCCAGAAUCCGUGUUGGAAGUAUUACAGUCAUUACACAUCUUAAAGAUAACUUUGGUGAACAAGGCAUCAUUUUAGGUGAGUACUUUUAAGAUCACUAGACAUGAACUGAAACUAAUCGAAUGUUUACUAGAGUAGAUAGAUCAGUUGGAGAGUCAUUGAAAAUGUCUCAGUGCUUGAGCUCAAACAAUUACGCACUAUCCGAGCUUGUAUCUAGAGAAAGUGAAAGUCGUAGAAGAAACUUUUGUUUUGUCUUUCUAUGUAAAACCACAAAGGUGGAUCAUGUGAAGUAGGCCAGUUCUUUGGAAAUAAAUUUGAAAUUAAUCUAUGUUUGAAUUUAAGGCGUGGAGUUGGCCACGCCUGAUGAAUUCUGAAAACAAAAGGUUCAACAAAGAAGAGACGCCAUGGUAAAUAAUGGUGUCUUUCAUUGGUAUUUCUCUUCAAUCGUGUUUAAAAAUAAAGGAAUUUCUCUUGAUCGAUUGAUCCUUGGCUUUGUAGCCUGAUUCAGUACUCUCGUGAACGCGAUAUUGCAUGAAAAACGUACCGAUAGUGUACUUUUCAAUCAUAGUUUUAUUGUCAAUCAAGGCUUCUACUUUUUAGGCUAGGGAAGUAAACGACACACGGUUUCAAAAUAAAACUAAUUUCACUGAAGAUGAAUGAAAGAUGAUGACUGUUACCAAGUUCAUAAAAAAGAAUUGUAAAUUUUGUCAUUGUUGUGAUGUUUUGAAGGAUAACUAAGUCAAUACAGGUGGAUUGUUUAAGUAAACAAAACUAUACGCAGACACGUAAAUGAAUUAUAAUGGAUGCGACAGUCUUCCUAUGGAAGGGAGGGAGGUUGGAGUGUCUUAAUCUUGCGAGCUUGAAGGUAAUCCAGUCGAUCUCUUUUUGCAAAUUCUGGCAACUCAGUUUGUUCUUUUUAUUGAACGAUUCACCGAGCUACAUACAUUGCUUUAUGCAAAGCAUUAGAAUCCGCUCGUGUGCACGUGUGUGUUAAAGUUUCUAUAUUAGUCCCGUCAUGGCCUGCUGCCCCUAUUCGCAGGUAAGAGGUAACAGGUAUUGACAUUCUUGUAUAAUAGGUAAAAUUUAGCCUGCGUAGCUGGCGGUGUUUUUUUUGGGGGGGAAGGGGGGUGUUCUUUUAUUGUUCUUUCAUGGUUCCCAAAGUAAGAGUUUUAGAGCGGCGCGUAUGCUGAACCUAGGUCGAAACAGAAAACGAUCGGGAGAGGGGGCGUGGGGAGAAGGCAAUGGAUUCUCUUACUUUCCGAACCACAACAGAACAGACACACUAAAAACAAAAAAACAAAAAACUGCCAGGUACGCAGGCUGGGUAAAAUUCAGUCCAAAAAAUUUUCUCGGUUAAAAGUCCCUGCGCUGUCCAUGUGGCAUUUUGUGGCAUUUUCCAUGUUCAAGUGUACUCUAGUUUCUGUUCCUCUGUAGAUUCGAGUUUAUCAGUUUAGCAAUUGGUUUACCUCAAUAAUAUCUCAAAGGGAAUUUACCUAUUUUGUACAUUCUCGAGUUGGCACCCAUUAAGUAACAAGUUCGUAUGCGCAUGCAUUUCCAAAUUUAUACCGAGCCCGUGUGGAAGUAGUUCAAGACUGCGAGCAAUUUUCUGAUAUUUUUGUCAUGCUCAAAAUGGUCAAGGUCGCACGUACGCGGAGUAAGUAGCCGCGACCGCCCUGCACGGGCACCGCCUGACAAUCAGGCGUGCUUUUCUCGAAAAAGCCGAAAACGUUUCGGACCCGUAUAAUUGGCCAGAAAGCUGUUGUUGUUUACAUUCAAGAAAGAAGUUUCAAUAAAUGGGCAGAUAAAAUUAUAAAGUCUAUAAAACUAUCAGUUAACAAAACAAAAUGGGCUGGUUAGUUAACUAGAACCAGCGCGUCUUUAUUCUUUAGAUUUUGAUUUGAACAUCUGAUUUCGGGUCGGAAAAGUUACCAGGACUUUCGAGAGACGGGGCCCAGGCCACAAUAGAUGGGUACGUCCCAGCGAGAAAAUAAUGGGAUGCCCCUCUCGUCUCUCACCCCCAGCCGCAGGGGCCAGUGGCCAUUCAACUUAAAGGACUAACAAUUAAAAGGUGCUGGUUAUUGUAAAUUUAAGAAAUAUCGCCCCCAGAGCAGCCCUGGGGAUGAAGUUGUAGUCAUAAGUUCUGUAAGCGAUCCCACCUAUUUUGACAUGGUUAUACCUUAGACAUUUUGAAAGGAUUUUGCGGUAAGGUAUAAGUGAAACCGAGCCUGUGUUGUAGCCUUAGACGACAAUCUGUUUGGCAGUUCGAAUUCGAGAAUUGUCUUUACACAGACGUUAUCAUGCUGUUUUAUUUUCCCACGAAUUUUGGAAACGCGAGAAAAUUAUUUUCAUUUUCCCACCCGCAACCCCUUGCCCUAGGGGCCUAUAAAUUCCCCGCGGUUUUUAUUUUCAUACGCACGCUCGGAAAACUCUAGAGAGAAAAGGCAGUUUUAAGACUAUCUGUCUGGAGCUUUGUUGCUUGUGAUUAUCACGGACUGAGUUUUUACCGCACUCAUUAAAUGAACACAUUCUUAAUUCUUUCAUGAAGUGGUGAGUGUUAAAUUUUAGUACCCUAGCCCUUGACUACGCCAAAAUACACUGGGUACGAAUUAAAAGCCCGUACUGUCCUGUCUAGAUCCGGUCUACUGUUCUUUUGCUGUUCAGUUCUUUAUCAACUUAUAUUGUGUUUUUCUUUAUACAAGCUAUGUCUUUGUGCGCAUGCUAGAGAGAUUAUCCUGCAGUUGUUUUCACAUUUCUGCGAUUGAAAACUGUUGUUUGCAAGCCGUCAGAUCCUAAUAUAUGGAAUGCACAUAUUAUGCGUCUUCGUAGAAAAACUGCUAUAAAAAAGUGCUUCUGACGACUGGCAUAAGAAUCCGCUCGUGAAAGCAAAAGCCCGCCUGAGGUUCGUGCACUACCCUACAAAUCAAUUUGAAUCCAAAUCCAAACCUACAUCGAAUCCCAGAAUGACCAGAAUGAAUAUUUAACUUGAGUGAGUUUAAGAAUGACUUUGUAGACUCUCAUCAGUUGAAAUACGAUACUAGUGCGGGGAAAAAAAGGGCCAGCGGUCAGCAGUAUUCAGCGGAGAAUCUGACGCCAUCGUCGCCAUUGUAGUUGUGAUUGACGAAGUGGCGAAGAAAUGUUGAGGAAUGUGAGCUAAACAAAAGGUAGGGUUUUCUUGAUUUAGCUCACUUGAACCGCAAAAAAGGUAUAAUUUGUAUCGUAUCGUGUUCCAGUUUGUUGUCUUGCACUAUUGUCGGUACAGCUUCUUGAUUUCUCACUCUCUGAAAGCUUCUUUGUUUUGCCACGAGGAGUUGAAGAUGAGCUUUCCGUUCUAUCCCAGUUUUGUUGUCUCACUAUUGUCGGUACAGCUUCUUGAUUUCACUCUCUGAAAGCUUCUUUGUUUUGCUACGAGGAGUUGAAGAUGAGCUUUUAGUUCCAUCCCAUGGGAAAAAAAUGUAUUAAUAUUCACAAUUUCAAUCUUUACAAACUCAAUGUCCUGCUCUGGGUGGUUUAAUUUUGUAAGCUUAUAGGUCACAUUCAACAAGUCGUGAGUGAGUACAGGUCACUGUUUUAUCCAUUGCUAAUAAAGUAAAACGGUUCCGCUCAAUCUUAAAUAACAUUCUGGAUUGUGAUUAAGGCCACGGCACGGUGACCAGCGCUGUGACCUGUGAGCGCGUGACCUAUAAAACGCACUUGAGACCAGUUUUAGUGAUAAAAUCUUUACGCAGGACGUAAACGCUAUCCUCUUACUAAAUAAGGUCGCUUUAUUUUACGCCAGACGUUUUAUGGUUAACUGAAAAUUGGGUCGUCUUCAAACUCAGGGGAGGGGAAAACAGCGAAAACAGGGAGUCAACCCAAUAGAAGCUAGGAAGACAAGAGGUGAAAAACCAAGCAGAAGAAAUACAGGUUCUUACACCGCGGUAAAUCCAGAAAAUUGAACUGAUUUCGGUAUCCUUUUUAAUAUUGAAGAGUUUUGACGUUUGACCGGGGCCUAAGAUUUAAGCUACGGUAGCGAAAAUGUCGAGAGCAAGGAAAUGAAUCGAAAGAGUGAUGCACGUUCGCGGCACGUGCAGAGUUCUGCUUAUCAUUAGUAAACCUAUUGCAUUUUUUGACCGGUUCUUGUUGCCUUCGCCCUCUUGACAUCUUAAACUUCCUUUUGCCACAGUCAAAACCAUCCCAAAGACGCACCAUUGCGAAGAAUUCCUUGCUUUAAUACACGAAGUAUGUUCCACUGAGAUCAAAUUACUUAAGACUCAGAAGCGGUUCGUUCGUUUUCCAGGGUUUUUAAGUUUAAUCAAGUGUGCUAAGAGGCUUCAAUUUCGUUUCAGUUGGGGAGACGAGGGUGCUGCGGUUCUUCGUUUGGACUUUAGAGGGCUGAGUUUAGUUUUCUAGUCUCGCUGGAUUCUAAUACAAGAGGCGGAGGUGCUUCGUUUUCGAGUUUAAGUUGUUUGGUUUCGAGUUUAGUGGGUUUCGCGUUCUAGUUGAGAUUGUUUAUUACUUUACAAAAAGUUUACUCUGGCUUUCGUUUUUUUUUCUAGUCUCGCUGGAUUCUAAUACAAGAGGCGGAGGUGCUUCGUUUUCGAGUUUAAGUUGUUUGGUUUCGAGUUUAGUGGGUUUCGCGUUCUAGUUGAGAUUGUUUAUUACUUUACAAAAAGUUUACUCUGGCUUUCGUUUUCUAGUUGAAGGUGUUUCCUUUUAGUUUAGGGUGUAAUUCGGCUCACGUUUAGGUUGCUUCGUUUUCGUGUCGAAAUUGUUUUGUUUUUGAGGUGAGGGUGUAUGUUUCGUGACUUCAGGUUCAACAGCUUCGGUUUUGAAUUGAGGGUGUCUUGUUUUUGAAUUUGUGGGUUUCGUUUUCGUGUCUAGCAAGUUUAGGGUGUUUCGUUAUCCAAUUUUUGUUCUUCGUUUUCAAGCUUAGGAUGCUUGAGGUAAGAGCUUAAUGUGCGUUCUUCAUUUCUUCAGACUGGCAUAGUGGGACUGCCGGCUAACAAAUUCUGUAAAAAAAGAGUAGGCUCGAUUUCUGCCGUUCUCUCGAUCGCAAGAAGAGUCUUAUUUCGGGUGAGGCAGAGCGUGGGCUUAUUUCCCGCCAGAACAGCGGCUGAUAACCGGGCCUACCAACGAGUCGAGAGGGUAUCGGUGGAAAAGGAGGCCAUAAAUGUUAGGUUUCACCGAGUUCCAGAUUGUCGAUUUAUUGUGCAAAAUAAUGGUUUUUGAUAAACGAGGUGAUAUAAGACCUUCAGAUAACAUCGUCCGGCCCACAUUGUAUAUGAACAAUGACGAUGUCACGGUUUAGGAAGGCCGUCAGAUAAAAACUAUAUUUUCUCGACAGAAUGUCGCCCAGUCAUCAAUGGCGGAAGACAUUUGUUUGUAGUUUGCGUGAUUAACUGGAAAGGCGGGAUUUUAUUUUAGAAAACUGUAACCACAACACGAGUUUUUUGUUUGUUUUGCUAUAUGGGUGCAUUUUGUUCUCAACGCGCAAAACACGCAAUAUUUUAAACUGGCUGUUGUGUAAAACUAAAAAGCUCCCAUGGACUGUAUGUGAAGCUUGGCUAAGUUUUCGGGCCAUUUAUGACAUAAUCUUCCGGUCUGCUUUUAUGUGGAUACAUGAAUCAAUUGUGACGAAAACAGUGGUAGACCGCAAUCGAAAUAAAGGGAGAUUAGACAAUUCUAGCCAAUAAAGCCUAGAGUAAACCGACUUCAUGACUUGUGAAACGUACUUUAGAGCUUUUUCUCAAUGGCUAUCGUUGUUACACCAUAAUUGGGAGAUAGAUAAAGGGUUAUAAGGUAUUGGCAAUGAUUUUCCUUUUUGUUUCAAACGCCUCUUUUUGCAAAUCUCAUGCUCAAAUCGUUUGUGGUUAAAAUUUUAUGUACCGUUUUUCUAUCACUGUCGAGGAAGGGUCGGUUAAUAUUGUUUAAAAUAUUUGCGUGAGAAAGGAAGAGAGAAAAAAGACAACAAGAUAAAUCUGAUGUUUUCAAUUGGCCUGAAUAGUUAUUAUUCCUAUUAUACAGGGUUUUAGUCUUGCUGUAAUUUUUUUCUCAAGUGACAUAUUUCAACUCUAAUUACUUUUUCGGAUUUAAAUCAAAACAUUGAAUAAUAAAUCCAUCAGAAACCUAUAAACAUUUUUUGUAGGUGACAUCAGUACUAGCACUCAGUUUAAAAACACCAUAAGAUAAUUUCAUAACAAACUUAUCUAGUUUUACAUCACUGUAGAAAUGUUGGUUUGAAGAAUUUUUUCGAGAUUAGACGCUUUACUGCUAAUUUACGAUAAGUUGUGCGGCGACGGACUCUUGAAAAGAUUCUCAACAUCGCCUACCGACAUUAUUUUCCGCCACUUUAAGUAAGUCAACCAUGUCAAACCAUCAAAAUAUAAAACAUAUAUGCUAAUUCAACAGAAAAUUUGUAUUCAAAAGGAAGUGGUUCGACCACUUUGAAGCGAGUUCAAGAAAACAUCAGGGGAGACAAGACCUAAAUAACAGGUAACGUCUUAUCUUUGUCGUAUUGUUUAGCAUGUGAACGAGUUGUGUGAAUGUUUUCCAAAAGUUUACGACUGAAAAAAUUCAGUUGUUAAGUUUUAUGUAGUUAGUGACCUCUAUAAAACUUUUAUUCGUGUCGCGCCAAGUUUUAGGCCGAGUUAUUUUAGGCGGGCAGACAUUGACACGUGGAUUCUGAACAAGUUAGAGAACCUCAAAUGUGCGAAAACACCUUUACCCUUCUAAAACUAUGAACAUUUUCGUGACUAUUAGCACCAUAUAAACAUUGUCAUCGGGUACUAUGACUGCCAACGGCAGUCGCCGCUAACUAAACUGAGUUAUAAUUCAGUUUGAUAAACAAGUGAAGCUUCUCGGUCUAAACCUUAAUUCAAGUGAAGCCUUUCUCGUUGUAGUUUUGGCUGGAAAGGAGUGAGUGUCGCGAGCCUAAAGAAGUGCCAGAGGUGACUUGAAGAGUUUAUCAUAGCAUGGAUUCGAAAAGAAAGCGAUAGAAUAAUCUAGUCGUAGAAUUAAAACAAUUAAUUUUUACGUAGUGUUGCCAUUGUCAUCACGGUUGGGUUAAUCACCAACAACUGAGACCGACUCAUUUUUUUUCUGAAAGGUAUCUUAAUGAAUUUUUCAACAUGAUGCAUCAGUUCUUUACGUUAACAUAAAGCUGAUUCUAACUGAAUUCCUACUCCAAACGAAAUUAUUUUGGGCCUGUGUUCGUUGGAAGUCAUUAUUAUGAUUACCUCAAAGGUGCUUGCUUAGAAGAAACCGUGAGUGUUGGUUUUUGUACCCAACUUUUCUUUGAUGUUAUACGUAUUGGCUUAAGUCUUUCAGCAGUGCGUAGAAUUGUGAGAGAUAUUUCUGUACAUCAUUUUCGUGUUCAAAAAUUGAAUGAUAUUUAACCUUGAUUGAUGGAUGAGUCUAGCUUUCAUUGUUUUAUUUGGUUUCAGAGAAAAAAUUCCUUAAGUGUAACUUUUAACUGUCUUACGUUGCUAAUUAUUUCAGCAUAAACAAACGCGUGUGAAAUCCAUUUGUACCAUGGUAUCUUCUUCUCAAGGUCAUUUAUAUUGUCGAAUUUUUACUCCAUGAAAGGUUUCGUUAUAUAGUCGUAAGUCAGGUUGAAAGCAUUACAUAUGAUUGACAUCUUUAAUUCUACUACUUCUUGUGAGAUCUGAAUUUGCUCACGGAUAUGCAAACUCAACUUAAGUUUUUUAAUUUUGUUCAAAGUCGAAAUUAGUUAAUUAUCUUAAUUUUUCAUGUUAUAUUUUCUUAGUAAUAUUACCUCGGUGGCAAAUCUAGACUUGUUUAAGACAAGAGGGCUAGUGGAACGAAAUGACAAUAUGGUCGUUCAAUGACGCAGAAGGAAAUGCGUGUUAUUAUUUCCUUUCCGCGGUAAAAUACAAUGUGUUGUGCCCUAAUUCUAAAAAGGAUUGUGCCUUAUUUAAUUUCCGAUCCUUUAUCAGUUUUUAAUUUUCAUUAAGAUUAAUACAGUAAACAUCUCAGAAGUUGUGAAAUUUUAAUAACGCAAAAGCUGAUGUUUUAGGCACAAAAAGUUCGACUUAGACGUGAAAAAAAAUUAAAAAUCAAAUUUUGGUAUAGGUUAAGUUAACACUUGUGCAAUCAUAUUCAGUUAUUUUCGCAAUAUGUUUGUUAGCUUGGCAACUUUAUAUUGCAUGAUAUUGUCAGGAAAAAACAUUCUUGUUGCUUGGCAUUUAAGCAUGGGCUAAGGGGAGUUUCUCGCGAAAUAAAAUGGAAUUGCAAUGCAAAUUAGUUUUUUUAGUUUUAAAUUGAGUUUUCUCGGAUUCGGCUGUCUUGCGUUAAUAAUAUAAAAAUGAUUGAGUCAUCUAACAAACAUUUGACCCAUUUUAAUUUCAUAAGUGAAAAGCAGGCCGCUGCAACCUAGGGCUUCUAAAAAGUCCUCCUGAAAAGUCCUGUCCAAACGAAUCCGCAUAUUAUUUUACCCAGAUUUGUGUGGACGUGGCCUUUAUUACUCUGGAGGGUGAUUUUGUUACCCCAAAUCUCCAAAAGCGCAAAAUAAUUUAUGGCAUCACAGGUAGCCCAAGCUCGAAAUAUGAGCAUUGGCGAACAUCGGCAUUAUUGCGUAACAUUGAUUUCGAAAUGUAAGGAUUUGUAUGGGGAAAAAACCUAUCGUUUCGGUAACCUACGAAAAUGAAAGAAUUUCAAUAAAAAAACCCAGCUUAACUUACAUAAAAUGUGUGUUACGUCUCUCCUGGGUGGUCCAUGGCCGAUUUAUGGCGUUUUUAUGGGUUGUACAGUAAACGGUUUUCUCUAUAGAGAGAAAACCGUUUACAGUACAACCCAUUAAACAUGUGUAUUUGUAGAAAUAUUCUCUCUGCUGUUUAACGAUGCCUAUUCUUUUAGCCUUUGUUGUUUCAGUUAGUACACUGUAAUACAGAUCAGAGUUUUGGAGUCUGUCUUCAGAUUAACUGUUUGGUUACAUAAAGGUCCAAGCAUUUUCAAUUUCGGACUUUUUUGGGGACUCAUUGGUUCAGUGUUGGUUCUGGACUGUGACUCGUGAUUUUUCUCAAGACGAGUUCCACGGCUCACCAUAACUAUUUGUAACAAAAUCACUGCUGGACCUCAGCUUGAAAAAGAUUCGGUUUCGAUGAGUGGAACAGCAUCGUGUGGACGGAAGGUCUCGAUUCGUGUAAAAAAUAUUUUCGUUUCCAAAGUAUCCACCUGAUUCGCGUGGACGGGGCCUAAUAUUAAUAAUAAUAACACUUAUAUAGCGCUUAUCCGCAUGCGUUCUAAGCGCUUAAUAUAUAAUAUUAUUUUCCUCUCAAGUUCAUUCCGGUGGGAAAUGUUAUGAAAUUUUUUAUCCUUUUUGUAUGUCGAAGAAGCAAGCAAUCUUGCUUUGAUAACAACUGGCCGUUAUCCAUAAACAUCCUACUUAAGGAUAUUAGUUAUAAAAUUGACGAUAAGCCGUACCGUGAUGUAAAUUCGGUUAGACAAUGAUAUUGAAAUCCCGGUGUAUUUUAGCUUCUAUUACCACACGACUGCAUUGCAUUCUGGAAGGACAGGUAUACAGCAAACAAGCUUAUGGUAUCUCCUUGUAGUGAUAAUCAAGAUUCUUCAAAGACUAGAAAGGCUUUAGAUUACCAGUGUUUUAGGUGUGUUGUCAGGGAUUGAUCUUGGCGCUUUGUUUGCAAAUAUUUGCUAGUCAAAGCGUUACCAUGCGCAGUCAAUAACGGCAUUUUUUGGAGCGAGUCACAGAUAUGAAUUCAUCAGUUCAAAUCAUUUUUCUCAACAACUUUUGUUAGUAUUGGUAAUUACACUGGACCAAUGAAAACAGGCAUGUGAAAGCAAAAAAAAAUCCAAUAAGUUAGUAAUAUAGAUGCAAGCACACGUAACCUUCUGCGUGCAAGUCACCGUUGGGUGACCAGUUGUGGCGCGAAACGUUUCAGCCAAUUAAUAGCAAGCCGUAGCAAUGCAAGACCAGCGGAAUCACGAAAUUUAGUUAGUUCUUUACUGACCACGAGAUCCGAUUAGUCGAUUGUAAAGAUUUCGUUGCUGGUAUUGGUAGCUAGUUGGCCACUCCAUUUGCCACAACAGUACGGACAACUAGCACAGGCACAAUAUUCUCUCGUCAAGAAUGAACCUUUUUUAACAGUAGUUAACCGGUCUAGCGGUAUUGGUGGCACUCAAUUCGAGAGUGCCUCCUUAGUGCUACAAUAUUGUUGAUGAUUUUAAAGAGUUGAAUGCCUUUUACUGAUAUCGAAAGCCUUUCACAGGUUCAAGGUUAUUUCCCUUACAGCAUAGUGUUACUGAGAAAAGCAUCUCACGCAACUUAUUUUUGCUAUUCGGAGAGAAAUCGUAAAUUAUGGCAAAGCUGUGCAAAGCCCUCGGGUAAGAACAAAUUAAUUGCAAUCACUUAAGCUUUUACAAUAUAUCAAGAAAUUUGUUCCAGAGUUGGAAGCUAAGACGUUUAUUUUUAGUAUGGGGACUACCCUAGCCUUUAAGGGUAACGCAACGGUAUUCAAUUUGGUUUUCUAUUCUUUCUUAAGCUCUAAACUUCAAAUAGGCUAAUAAAACUUUUUCAGUUUUUAGACGCACGGCUACACGAUUAACCUUGUUAAAUGUACUUUCGUGUUUAAGUCGAGAUUGUCUUAGCGAAAGUCAAGCCGACAUUUAUCAAGUUUACGGAAAUGUUCUUCAUAUUAUACUUGGUACUCUUCAAUACCUGUCCAAACUCUAUGGUUCUACAUUCUGGGUUGUAAUUUUUCACCUUUCUGUAAAUGUUACUGAUAUAUUCGGUUGUUAAAUGCUGAAAUUGCCGACUGUAGACUGUAGCACGACACUAGCACAGCUUGGUUUCAGAAGGCGAAUUUAAUUCAGUUGAAUAGAACGGCUGUUGCCGAAAACAAAACACAAACUUUAGCAAACUUUUAAAUGUAUUCUAAUGUAUUUAUAAUUUAUGAAUUGAGUUCCGCACGGGUUGAUGUGCAUCGCUCAAAAACGUCUUUGCUCUUAAACUCCCUAAAAAUAAAUAGCCCUAGCCUUCUUUUGUUUGCCCGUAUGUUUACGGCGAGAGUGACUAAAAAAAUUUCACUAAUGAGUUUAUUUGCAAUCCGCAUUUUUGUUCAGUUUUUUUUUAUCAGAAUGUUUUCUUUCAUGAACAGGUUACCUAUCAGGGGAUACAGAUCAUUCAGUAACAGAUGAAACAGAGUCGGACAAUGAUCAGGGCGGUUUUCUUCGCCAUGGCAACAAUCCUUGACCACGUCAUGUGCCAAGAUGGCUCGUUGCUGGUAAAUGGUGACAUUAUCAUUGGAGGACUUGUGCCAAUUCAUACGACCAACUCGGAAAAUCCAGCUAUAUGCGGGGAUUUAAACGAGAGAGUCGGUAUUCAAAGACUAGAAGCUAUGCUGUUUGCCAUGGACAUUAUCAACAGCAAUAAGUCGGUGUUGAAAAAUAUUUCCCUUGGACUUGAAGUCUAUGAUACUUGUUCCAGCGAAAUAGUAGCCCUCGACAGGGCGUUGCACUUUGUCAAGGAUAGUGCAUUUGUUAAGGAGAAACACGCUACGGGAAAUCAUAUUGUACCGGGUGUUAUUGGACCGAGUUACAGCUCCGUGUCUGUCCAAGUUGCACAUCUUUUUCGGUUGUUCCAGAUACCGCAAGUGAGUUUUGAUUCCACGAGUUAUGAACUGAGCGACAAAACGAGAUUUGAUUUCUUCUCUCGCACAGUUCCGCAUGAUCUGUACCAGGCAAAGGCUCUUAUCGAUAUCGCUAAGUUCAUGAAUUGGACUUAUGUCUCAGUUGUCUACAGCGGGGAUUCGUACGGUAUGCUUGGUUUUCAAGCGGUAAAGAAGGAGGCCAAAAGAGCAGGUAUGUUUCUUGUUUGCCGAUAAAGUGGAGUUUAAUCAGUUAAAAAUGUCAGGUACAGAACCGUAACUGGCCAGUUUAAAUAAGUGAAAAAUAUUAUGGUACACAAAUGGAAGCAGUCUAGUCUGCAGAACGGGCGUUGUUUUUGCGGUUUUGAGGUGAACGAAGGCAAGAAAGAGACGGUCGUGGAGCGCGAGACACAUGCGAUGGCAGGGGCGCGAAAAUGUUUUCGUUAAUCGCUCUGAUAAUGAUAACAGUUACAGUCAACUCUCUCUAAGACAGACACCUUUGGGACCGGUACUAAGUGUCCCUCUUAGUAGAAAGAUGUCUGUCUUGUAGAGAGUCAAAUAAAGGGAGUAAAGAAAGGCAGGGACCAACUGUAGGUGUCUGUCUUAUAGAGGUGUUUGUUAAGAGUGAGUCGACAGUAGCUUGGGUUUUGAGAUUAACGCAGUCUGUAUCAGGCGUUAUUCAGAUAUUAGGGAGCUUAAGCAACGACGACGGCGACGUCUACGAGAAAGGCAAAAAAGCAAUAGGGCCAGAUUGGCAAAACAACAACUUUGCACGUGCAUCACACUUAUUUGCACAUUUCUUUGCCGUCACUGCACGACUACGACGUGAAAUUGCCUAGUUUCACGUUUUGUGGAGGGCGUGAACACAAGACAACGAGUUUCUUUUUCUUUUUCUGAACUUUGAUACAGUCUUUUAGAAUUUAACUUCAGAAAAACUGCCAAUAUUUGACGAAUUGAACGAGAUGGAAUAAGUGCGUUACUGCGUUACUGCGCUUUUCACAACCAUGCGAACUCUAAAGUUCAAAAGCCGCCUUCACAAUUGCAUUUUUCGCUGCCGUCAAUCAUAAUUGCGAUCACAAGCAACUAACCUUGAAACACAGAAACACACUAAACGGAUCGAAAUCCACCAAUCACAAAUCACAAACCUUGACCUUUCGUACCCGUCAAAGUAAAGUUUUGUUUUCUAAGAGGUCCGUUAAGAUGAUUGACGGCAGCGAAAAUCGCAAUCGUCAGUUGGCUUUUGGACUUCAGAAUUCGCAUGUUUGUGAAAAGCGCAGUAAAGUUUGAAGCAGCGCGGCUUCACUUUUUAAGUGACGUUUUCGUAGCCGUUGCCGUCUUUGUUGCUUAAGCUCCCUACUAGGGAGGUGAAAGAGAGGGAAACGGAUACUGAAAAAAUGCGAAGAAAUCACUGUAAACCAAGAUGAACUGUUUACCCGGACUAUUUUGUAUUUAUUUUUAAAGGGCCGUUGGCGCCGCUCUGCACUAUCUUGCAAUAAUUAAAUAACUCAAAUCCAAAGUGCUUCUGUAAUGCAGCUCAUAAUAUUUUGAUUUUUUCAGGCAUAUGCAUAGCUGCAACCGAGAAAAUCGAACUAACAAGUUCUGUGGAUGUGUUUCCAUUAGUCAUCGAAAAACUCCUCAGCGAGCCCUCUGCAAAAACCGUGGUGGUUUUCAGUAGCCAAGAACGGCAGAUCAGAAAUCUUCUACAAGCUGCCAAGGACAAAGGACAAACCAGGACAUUCCAGUGGCUUGGAACAGACUCUUGGGGAAACGUGUUAUGGUUGAAGGGACUGGAAGACGUUGCUCAGAACACAAUAACGGUUUUGCCAAAAACUGUUGAAUUAAAGGCUUUUAACGAAAGCUUUCAUAGAUUACACCCGAAGACAAACGUCCGAAAUCCUUGGUUUAAAGAAUUUUGGGAGCGACAUUUUAAUUGCUCAAUUAAAAAUGAAACAGACGGUCAGUGUAGUCAGUUGAAUCUUUCGCUUUCACAUAGCCCAGUUGACAAUCGUGCUGCAAGUGCUAUGGACGCGGUUUACGUGUUUGCCUAUGCGCUUGAUGCCAUUCACAAGCAAAAAUGCCCGGAUGAGAGUAAUGUCUGUGAACGCAUGCGCAACAUAUCAGGAGAAGAGAUGUUGGAGUAUCUUAGAAACGUUUCGUUUGUCGGUGCGAGCGGAAACCACAUCCAUUUUAACGCCGACGGCGAUGUUGAAGGACGUUUUGACAUUUUCAUGUUUACAAAACAGGGAAAUAAGUACGUAGACGCUCAAAUUGGUGAAUGGGACAAGCGACUGAGACUUACAUCAAAUGUUUUAUCGGUAUUCAAACGAUUUACCUCAUCUUGCCAGCCGACUUGUAAAAGCAAAGAAGUGAAAGUGCCUGUUGUUGGAAAGGAAUCUUGUUGUUGGACUUGCCAACUAUGCAAUGGAAGACAUUACAUAGUGAACGGCAGUACCUGCGCGCUAUGCCCUCUGGGAUAUGCUCCAACUUUCGACGGACGAGCAUGCGCAAAAAUAGACAUAGUAUAUUUUGGAAAGGACUUGAAGUUUUCUUUGCCGGCGGCUGCUUUCGCGGGCCUUGGAGUGGUUGCCACGGUUUUUGUAAUCUUUGUUUUGAUCAAGUACGAUAAAACGCCUCUUGUUAAAGCCUGUGGCCGCGAACUAUCUCACAUGCUGUUGAUUGGAAUUCUUUUGGCCUUUUGUAUGACUUUCGUCACCGUACUGAAGCCGAAUGACUUGUCAUGUAUUACCCGGUUUGCUGGCAAUGGAGUUUGCUUUAGCAUAUGCUACGCGUCUCUGUUCAUAAAGACCAACCGUAUUUCAAGGAUUUUUAAUCGCAAAAAUCUUGCAAAAAGGCCGAUUCUGAUCCUGCCAUUUUCUCAGCUCGUGCUGGUAUUAGCCGUGGUGUCAGUGGAGAUUCUACUCCUCGUAAUGCUCUCGUACUUACGCACUCCACGCGCAGAGCUUUUUUAUCCUGAACGCUCCAAAGUUUACCUCGACUGUUCGACUUCCAAUCUGGACUUUAGUCUAUCGCAAGUGUACAACUUCAUCUUGAUCUUCAUGUGUACCAUUUACGCUUUCAAAACGCGGAAAAUCCCCAGCAAUUUUAACGAAGCUAAGUACAUUGCUUUCGCGAUGUAUUCAUCGUGUGUAGUGUGGCUUGCCUUCUUGGCUGUGUACUACAUGGAGAAAUCAUAUGACCAGAAACCUUUGAUUCUCUGUGUAAGCGUUUCUUUGAUCGCGUUUGUUCUUCUAAGUUGUUUAUAUGGACCUAAAGUGUACAUUAUAGUGUUUCGACCUCACAGAAAUGUUCGCAGACAUGUAAACCCAAGCUUGAGCUUAUCUAGUGUCAGUAAAGAGAAGGGUCAGAAGGCAGGAUCGCACGGAUAUGUUGGAGUGAAUCAGAAUGGUGACAACGACGAAGAUGAAAUUGCUGGUAGCAGGUAACGACCUAAUCGAAGUUGCCUCAAACAAUUAUGGGAUCAAUGGAAGUUUCUGGGUAACUGACCACCUACCCCUUCCCUAAGUCUCAAUUUUGCCCUAAGUGAGAAGUAAGUGUUACUGUUGACUCAGGGGAGGGUUAGGUGGUCAGUUACCCAGAAAUCUCAUUGAUCACAAUUAUCAUCCCAUCUAAGGUAAUCCGGAUUCCAUAAUCCCAACAAUUUUUGCAUGUAAAAUCAGGAAUCCAGGGCUUUGGAAUCCGGGAUUCAGCUCAAGGAAUCUGAAAUCUAACGAUUGGCAAGAAAUCUGGCAUGCAGUACAUGGAACAACUCGGAAUCCACAGCGUGGAAUCCAGAAUACAGGAUUACCUUACAUGGUGUGACAAUUGACAAGUGACAGUUUGGUCCGCGCGAAGGUACCUGAAUCUCAAGCCACCUUAGACUCUCGCGAUUCCAUACAGAGAGCUUCCUCAUAACUUUGAAUUUUGAAUUGUUAUAUUUUCUUCCUCAGCGCGGAGGAUGCAGUGGAAAAGAAACGUGAUUCGUCGGAUUCUAGCAGACCUGUAUCUGAACUCAAUACGGAGGAAAAUGGAGCUGUACCUAGUAAAAAACACGAGGUAUUAAUAAGAUUUUAUGUACAUCCACUGCUCGAUACUCUACCAUUCUACCACCCUAUCAAUCGUAGAUUAGAAGGAUAUCUUAAUUAACCUGUUCGGAAUGAGUUUGUGAGUUGGUGGGGAAAGCAGCUUGUCCUGUCAAGCAGUUAGCCCUCCAACCAUCCAGUUUUCGUUCUUGCCUCUAUACAUUCAGACAUCCACCUUUUUAGUGACACAGCCUUCAACAGCUUGCCAAUCAGUCUGUUGGUCAGUAACUCAGUUAGCCAGCAAGUCCUUGAGUCAAUCUGAUUGUCAGUAGGUCAGCCAGUCAUUUGCAGGCAGAGAGUCAAUUAGUUAAUCAGUCUUUCGGUCUGCAACCAUUUAUCUAACAUGUACAGUAGGCAGCCAGUCAGUUGUUCUGUCAGGUGAAGAAUCAAUCACUUAAGUUUUUCUCUACCAAUUUUCGCAGAUGGAGAAACUCAUCAAACACUUAAGAAAAGAGCUAGUUUCCACGAAGGAAUCUUUGCGCACGACUCAAGACCAGCUGCUCAAGCAAGUACCGAACGGUCGAAAUUGGGGUAACUCGAGAGAAGCUAAUUCACCACAAGGAUACAAGAAGUUAAUUAAAGGCGAAGCUACCUCAGGGUGCGUAUGGCAAAUGCCUUGAAAUAAGAUUAUUUGCCAAUAUUAAAGGAUAUACCUCUUUGUUUUCCAUUUUGAUUCCAAAAAUAGGUCAAGUUACCACCCGCACAACAUGAGAUCCCUGGAAAUUUAGUUAUGGUUUACCGACUGCUGUGAUACCUCUUGACAAAAUGACCUUUUAGACAACAAAAUACAUCGUUGAAAUUUAGGUUAAAGUAGUUCUUAUCUGACUAAAAGAGGGCAGGUUUACUACAUGCGCAAUUUAGGAAAAUUACUCUUAGGACUUUAGCAAGUGACCGCUUAAUUAGAACGGACUCUCUUACUGAUACAGGGUUGACUCAGCCUUAUAUUCAAGCUUCUCUGUCGCUAUAAAGACGGCGGGACGCUGAAAAGUUGGAGGUUCGGCCGCCUUUCUUUCCAUCCCAUGAUGCCUCGAGCAUCAAUUGCCUCCAGUCGCUCGCCUCGUCUCUCGCGCGCGGGCAACGAAGCUACUGCGCGUGGAGGAGGCUGGGGAAAACUUGUAUAGGGAAGUGUCCAAUUGACAGGAAAUUUGCGCAUAACAAAAAAAGCUCUGGUGACAGGACGAACUGAGCUGUUAAAUGCUGGGCCUUUUAGACAAGGAUAAGAACCCUUGAGCUGAUUCCAAUAUAGCCUGCGUCAGGAGCCGAGCUGACAGGAAUGAUAUGGUCGGGGGGAACUCCCAUUUCAAAGUGAUGGGGAUGCUUGUCUGAACAGUUAAAUUAAAUCCCUAAGGGAGACCAAUGUGGGUGUGGCUUAAGUUCAAACUGACUUCUUUGUGGUCACUGUCAUUGCAGUGUUUUGUAAAUUUCUUUAUGCACAGCCCUAAGCAAUACCUAAAUGGGAAAUUAAUUAUAUAGUGACUUGCCCGUCCCAAACAACCUAAGUGAGACCAAAAUCUGCACUUUACACCCCUAAACGACACGACGAGCAUCUCCGUCAUUUUUAUAACCCCUCGGGUUAUUUGCCCGCUGGUCCUGCCAGCUACGCAGGCUAAUGACACUUUAUCAAGAAUAACUUUUGUUGUCAUGUAUUCUAACUAUGUCCGUUUUUGUCAGGAAGGCUUUAAGAAAUGACGGAACAAAGAAAGGAAAAGGAAGAACUUGUUUCAACGAAGAAGAUCGUUUGUACUACCAAAGGACGUCGGAUUCUAUUCUCCCUAAAAAGAGUAAAACUUAUCAAUUUGUUUGCGGUAAAAAACCUUCGCCAUCGCAAAGGAAAUCUGCAUCGUCUGUUCCCUCCAGUGACUUUAUAGAAGAAAACCACUUAGGUAAAAAUUCCGUAAGUAAUACAGCUGAUCAGAGUAUUGCGGGUUCAAAUAUUAGUCUUCCAGACAAGUUUUUGCAGCCUAGAAAUCCUGACGUAGAAAUCAAGGGGAGGAGAAAAAACGUUCACGACAGACUUUUGACAGACAGAGACGUUAACUGUAGAUGUAUCAGUGACAUUGAAAAUAGUAUAAACAAUUUGGGAGACUCUUCAGUAAUGAGGAGAAGCAAAUCUGAGUCCAAUGUUGAUACAAGCUCUGGAUCACCUGAACAAAGUUUGUUGCUGGAGGACACGGAGAGCUGGAAUGAUGACAGACAUAUCGGAGGUGGCAAGUGUCUUAGAUGUUACAGUGGCGAGGGGGACAGCAGAGUUAUAUGUACCGCUCUCUGAAAAGGCUUGUGCUUUUUGGAAAGUUUUGAAAGCCGGAAUAGGGAAGAAACGUUGGGUUAAAAUGUCUUUUAUCGACUCUUUCGUGUUGUUGUUUCACACCGUCGUAUAAAGUAGAGAAGUAACACUUGCUUUUCAAAUCACUUGAUCCUCCAAAAUGAAGGAAUCAAGGGCUUCAGUUUUAUUUUCCCCGAAAAUUUUAGAUGAAAUUUAACGUCUUACUAAAAUAAGAAUUUUUCUGAUUCCUCUUCCAUCUCAUUUUUGAAUCCGAAAAUUUUAGGUUUUCUUUUUUCUACGAUAAAUAGCCUAACCUGGGGAGUGAUGAUGUGACAAAUUAAACUUAAGAAAAUCGUAGGGCAUUUAUAAGAUAAGCUUCAAGAAUUGUACAUGAAUGGAACGGUCAUCUAGAAAUCGCCGUCCUCGAAUAAUUAACAGUUCUAGGCAAUAUCUGCUUCUCCGAACAGAUAUUAUACAAAAAACAGUCGUUGGGUGCCCCAGGUGCUAGAUUUUCAUGUAGAACUAAAUCUUCUUGAGACAUUCCUUGCUCUUACCGAUGAGCUUUUCUAUAUACCAAAUAUUGUAAAUAUCCUCUAUUAAGUACUUCAAUUUUCUUCGUCGUGCUUGUUAAUUGACUUAUUACUGUUAUUACUAUUCAGCUAUAAGUGCUGCUGACAAGUUACUCUUAGCUGUAAAUGUUGUUGUUAAGUAAAAUGAUGUUGGUAUCUCAUCGGCCAAUUAAAACGAUCUUAGAAAACGAUCAGUAAAUAUUUUUUCAGUAAAGAAAACAGCGAGUGGUUUGACUUUGAGAAAAUAUAGAAAAAGGACGUCAUUAUGGUGUAAUGAUCCAUUUUAAAAAAAAUCGAAUAUGAGAAACGGGAAUAGAUCACCUCAUGAUUGUACAGUCACAUGCUCCCUUGACGAAAAGUUGAGAAGUGGCGGGGAGGGGGGGAGAGAAUACACAGACUAAUGUAAGUUACAUUUAACUUGUAAGCAAACACCCUUGGGGUCCUAACCAACCUUUAAAAAGACUCUUUAGUGGGGAAAGGGAGAAUAGAAGGCAGCAAAGCGGGAAGGGGCAAGAUCUUCUUGGUGGGUGGAGGGGUUUAGCCCAACCCUCUCGCGUCCUCUCCAAGAAUCGUACUGCAGGCUUAAUUGUAACUGAAGAAAGAAACAACUGCACAUAAACUGCAAAGGACCACAAACGAAUAUGCCGGUACAGGAGAUCUCGUGAUCCCCGGGGGUACGUACUAACGUUUUUAUACGGAAAGGCUCCACCCCGAGGUCCAACCCCUCAUUUUUUUAUACUUCCGUUUUUGACAGAAAAGGUAGCCCUUUCGUAUUCCUACUCAGUGGCAAACGGUACCCCUUUGACAUAAAGUUUUAGAACUAUGCACAUCUUUUAACUGUUGUUAAUGCACUAGCCCUUAAAUAUGCUUAAAUCACAAAAUCAGAACGUCCUCUCCGCAUCGUCCAUUCUAGGUAGCAUCUCACCUUUCUGGGUGGGCGCGUCCGUUGUCCGGCUUUUAUUAACUUAUCCACGAGUGAACAGAAUGAUGAUGAUGAUGAUGAUGAUGAUGAUGAUGACGAUUUGGAGGUAGCGACAUCCUCAAAGUGGAUCUUCGUCUACCCGAUUCCUGAUCGAAUUGGAAUUUGGAAAUGUUGGGUUUUGAGGAGAGGGGAAAACCGGAGUACCCGGAGAAAAACCUCUCGGAGCAAGGGAGAGAACCAACAACAAACUCAACCCACAUAAGGCGUCGACGCCGGGAUUUGACCCCGGGCCACAUUGGUGGGAGGCGAGCGCUCUCACAACUGCGCCAUCCCUUGCUCCCCAGAAGCCGUUAAAACUCAACAGGUCUUGUGUGUGUGGAGGGGUCACCUUAGAGGCAGCCUUAGCGUGAAAGAUUGGCAAAAUAAUGAGUCUUUGAUAAAAAUCAGCCAAAGGCAAAAUGAUACACAGUGAGGAAAAGAGAGACACAAAGUGCCUUAAAGAGGUUCGAGAUUCUCUUAUCUUACGACAAUCAGAGGCAGGUGGUGAGAUAAAAAAAAAAAAACGUUAGUACACUCAAAAUAGGCAAGUAACAGCUUUUCGAGGUUAAUGUGCGCAUUUCAGUUCUCGGUCAAAAUGGAAGAUUUUUUCAAAUUGUUUAGAAAAUGUGGCUCACUUUCCUAACCGGAUAUGGGUUCUUCUGAAAAACUUCUCGAAUCGAAUCCCGGCCGCCUCGUAUAAUGGCCACGAAAUCCUGCAUCCCGUUCACAAUUACAAUCCCGAAUAUCCCUCUUCGUUUUUUCUCGGGGACUCAUGAUAUGGACUCCCGAAUCCCGACAAUCCUGGUAUUUCCGAGUUAGGCAAUGCAAAUCCGGGAUCCCGAAAGACCCAUUGGUUGGUUUGCAAACAAACCAGAUCGAAGAUGAACAACAGUUCUUGAUGUUUUGCAAUGGGUGCAACGUAUUGCGACAGGAGUAUUUUAAAAUUGUAUUUCAUAAUUAAAGGAUGUUGCUUUGGUGAAUCUUACUGCCCAUGACAGAAGAAAAUAUUUACUAACAGCAGAAAAUAAUAAUAAUAGUAAAACAAUAGCGAAAUAUAUUAAUCUUAUGUAUGCCAGGAGCCUCCAGUGUAUCUCAUGGUAUGUUCAAAAAGUGUACAAAAAAUUACUGAAAAUGCAACUUGGUAGAAAAUCUUUGAUUAUUUUUUUGGAGCGUGUAUCAUUAGUUAGACGUACUUAAAUAUAAAAGACCAAUACCUCCAUGUGGAGAGUAAGGCACAAUAAAGUUACUGUAACUGUUACCGUUAUUGGGGAACCUCUGCAAGCGUUGUGGGUUUUUGGUGGGGGAAGGGAGCUGGGGGCUAACAAUAAAAUAUGGGGAUGGGACGGGUAGGGAAACACGGAAGGGGUGGUGAUUUGUCACGCGUCCUAUUUCCCUUCGCUAAGGCCUUUCAAGCAUCCCGUGUGGUGAUAGACAAAGAUCUAAAAAGUGAUUGUAAAUUUUGAGCUCCGUGAUACGAGGAUGGGACGAUGGGACAAUAAAGAUUUCGAGUCUUUUCCUUGUGUCACGUCUUAGUCCAGUGUCACGCAAUGAAGAAGCACUGGCAUUUCUUAUGUCAAUGUUGGGCAGGAGUUUCGCGUCACACUGGAUUGCAUCUAGCCCUGGAACGGACAGAAGUAGAGUAGACCGUGAAAUCGCAAGUCAAUUGUUUCGAAGAAAGCUUAGGAACCGGAAGCUUGAAGGUGGGUAAAAUUUAGAUGUUAAGUGUUGUUUAAGGGUAGAGCCGAACGCUUAUUAGAAACCCCGGAAAUUAUGAAUUUCGUCGCUCGAUCAAACGGAUCGAGCGAAGUACUGGCACGCUCGAUUGCUGCUUACUUCUUACUUGUCUGGAUUUGCAAGGUUCGUCGAUGAAUUUGGGUAUAAACGCAUGUUUUUACCAACGCAAGAGCACAGGACAAGGUAUUCUCAAAGAAUCAAGAUAUGCGACGCUGGCUUUCUGAGUUUACAUUUAAAUCUGCGUUUUAAUAAGGACGUGUCAAUAGACAUCGACAUAUUAAACACUCGCCAACAUGCAUUUGUCAGUGUUUUAUCACGUGUUGUUAGUGUAGAGCUAGGUAUAAGUUCGGUGAAAUUUACGUGUUAUCAAAGCAAAGUCCUCACGGAGCACUCGGCCACAUCCAAGACCUCUAGUGUCUCUGAACUCUUUUACUUUAUAUGUUAUCUGUUAUUAUGCCCCCUUGCGAUCAGUAAAAUGGCCUUGUUUGCGCAAGACAACGCCAACGCUCAGUCAACGCCUGUGGCGACUUCUGAUCACUUCUGUUGACAGGUUCGUACGCGGCGUUAAAUUUGAGAUAAGCCAGCGUUUGUACAGCAAUUUUUGUAAACCCCUGCCACAGUUUGUAUGCGCAGAUCAUCAGUUGUUGGUAUACAAAAUUAUCCCGAUUCGAAAAACUGAUAACCUUUCACUAUGAACACGUUUUUUGCAACACCGCGCAGGUGUAAAGGUACGCUGAUAAAAUUUUAGGGCCUUUUAUAUGUCUUUCAGAAGCUUUGCUAAAGAAAUUGUCCUUUCAAUAACUUCCGCCAAAUUCUGAAAAAUAUUAGUGCCCAGGCAACUUCAGCUAAUUAAUACGCUUUUGUUGUUUAUCGUUCACCUUGUCUUCAAAGAAGUCAAACUGUUAGCCAAAGUCAGAGAAGCGAAUCUUUGCAGAAGUUCAACAUGUCUAACAGUUGCAACAUUUGAUAUCACGUUGACGGGAAAUCGUAUCUACAUAGCAAUAUGAACAAACCUGAUGGGCUUCAUAACCAUUUAACUUUAUUAGGCUAUGUUUUUAAUUACACAAUCUUCACUGUUUAAAUUAAGUGGAAAGUUUCCAACAAAGGAUCCUUUGUUUACAUAUAAUAGCUUCAAAACUUUGAAAAGAGCCGGUCGUUUCUUUGUAAAAGUUAUUUUGAAAACGUUCUAGUGCAUGUAUAAAUUGUCUUAUCGAAGUAGAAGUGGGUAGCUGUGGAGAUUCUUGUAAGUUGAAAUAUCUACCACUUUUCACUCGACCGAUUACUUACUGAAACGUUACUGAAUAAGCGCCCCACGGUUUAAACAUGAGUGACACCAAGGCGUUAUUCAAAUAAGUCACUAUUUUAGACCCAAAAAUGUCAUUUUUUACACCCGUUUUCGGACCUGGCCUCUAAAAUCCAUACCCGUUUUCAGCCCGACCUCUAAGAAGCAGGAAAUUAUGUCAUCAUGACUUAGAUUAGAACAGCAGCAAAAAAGAUUUCUGAAAAUCCACGUCGAAUUCGCGUGUUUCUCUUUCUUUCUUACUCAUUUGGAAUUGAAACGAUAAAUACGUUCAAAGUUGCACUCCCGUAGUUCCCUCGAAAACCAUACCCAGUUCCAGACCAAAAUAUACGGGCAAAGUCUAUACCCGUUUUCCAGACCAUAACGGCUCAAAAACCCCUACCCUCUGGAGCGGUACAUACCUACCGUAUAUGGCUUACAUAACGGUGCACCUCCCCCUCCCUCCCCUCCUGGUUGUUAGCCACCUUUCCUCAGUCUCAGAAAGCUGUUUCGGCAGUUCGGGUGACUCGUUUUCCUCUCAAUGCCUGUCAGAGUAGAAGCUGGGUUUAGAUACCCCAUGAUUAGUGCGAAAUUUGAAAAGCAAAUUUAUUAUUUCUUUUUGUCUACCAUUUGAUAAUUGGAUGUUCUAGAAAGACUAAAUAGAGAAAAUUAUCCGAGCAAAUGCUUUUGAACAAAAUAAAGGAGAACCCGGAUUACAAUUUUAACCCCGGGUUAUCGCUAAUCGACCUUCGAAUAACUGGGCCGCAAUCAAGGCCCGGUUUCAGAAAGGCCGAUUUAAGCGCUUAUCCAGGAUUAAACCUUAAAUCUAAGAUGGUACUACCCUAUUUACCAAAUAAGCGCCACCCUCGAAAAAGCGCCGCAUUUGGGAGAAAAAAAUAGUUAAUAAACGCUGCGGCCCCGAUAUAAUCGAAGUCUAAAGACGUUAAUUCUGUUAGUUUAAUACGGAAAAUUAUAAUACCGUAGUAAAAUAACUUUUUAGCAUGUAGGUUUUUUUGUGGUGUUUUUAUGACUGGGUCUCGGAGUAAAAGUUAUCUCAGUAUAUGCUCCAGUGACACAUACUCGUACCCGGUGAAGUGAAUGAAGACUGCGCGUCUCAACCUAACCCCAAUCUUCUCUCACCCAGAAAAUACAUAAAUAGAGACCGGCAACCUCGUCCCCAGGUCGCUUUUCCCAAAGCCAUGGAAAAGCGCCCUGGGGAGGAGGUUAAGCGACCGGGUACGAGUCAGUGCCAGUGGCAUAUUUCUAAGCAAGAAUUGCUUAACCCUAAUUUAAACUUAACAAUCUCUCGAGGAAGCGAGCCCACUGCUGUUUGAAAAAGGAAGGCCAAUGAAGGAAUUCUCAGACACCUUAUAUUGUUAAUGCUCUGUUUUUUUUUAGGUUGUUACCAUGGAAACCGACGGCUUGGUGGCUAUCAUCUGUGCAGCCAUUGCCCUUGUUAUGCUCAUAGCCCUGACCGUCUUCACCUUGGUCAAAUCUUGGAGACAAAUUAGCAGGGAACAUGCUGAAAGGGAACACAGUCAGAGAAAAGCAGCACACACUUAUGACAACAUGAGCUGGUUUGAGAACGACCACGCGCUUAGCGAAGAACAAAACGAUACCAAAACUGGUGAACAAGCCCAUGCUGUUGACUGCGGAGAGAAUGCGAAUACGCAUGCCCAGACGGAAGUAGCUGGUGCUGAUCAGGAAGUGAACCACAGGUGUAUUGUAAAAGUGGAGACCUGCGAUACAAGCUUUUGAGACAAAUCCGAAUCAAACUUUUUCGAUUCUGAGGCUGAUCUGGGACACAAAAAUGGUGAUUCAAUUGUUGAACGAUGUAUCGUGCUCUGAAGCGUUCAAGUAGACUUUGCUGGACAACGGAUUGCAGUGCUGUCUUGCCUGAGAAGAUUAAAGCAGGGAAAACUGUAGUUUUUGUUCUUUACCAAACAUUGAAGCCAUACCAAAAAUUAAGUAAAAUUUUUAAGCUUUUAGUGUGACUGGAUUAUUACAAAACCAUCAUUAGUUAAUUGUUUACUCUAUUAUACCCUUUUACGGACACAAACAGUACAAGAAGAUAAAAAUGGAUACCCCCUUUCCUUUGUCUGUAUAUCCAAAGCAAGAUGAUUGCCUAUUAUCUAACAAGAACAAUAGUCAUAAUAGGACACUCUCCUAUUAUGGCUCUUGACAAGAACUAUUCAAGAACGAUUCAAACUGACGUUGAAUGUUUUCAUCGACAUCAGAAAUAUUUUAUAUCAGUAUUUAAAUAGACAUGUUUUUCUUUGUCAUUCUGAAAUGUUCAGUUUAUCCUUUUUUCACCCAGGAAGCUACCUCGUUGCAUCGUUAGGUUUUAUUACUUUAAAAGAUCUUGUCAUGCCCCGCAGUUUACCGUUAAAUCAAUAAAUUCUUAUACCCUAUUUUGUUGCUAUAGUUAUUGACCAAUUUGUGUGGCAAAUUCUUUUCAACGGAACCAAAUUCUUUCCAACGGAACCUUAAAGACAACAAAUUCAGUGCGACUUUUCUUGCGCAACCGAAACUCUUCGGGCUGAAGCUACAUGUAGAAAGAGUCAAGACGAAACCGUAAGACGAGGCAACUUGUAUCGUAGAGUCAACCAACACACUAUUAUUUUUUUAUGUCUUUUAUUAUUAUUAUUUUUUUCUUUUUAAUAUGUUAGGUUGGUAACAUAAUUUCCUGUUGAAAGAGAUUAAUUUUUCUGAAGAAAUACCUUAAGUAAAAUGCUGCGACUAAAAGUAACGUUUCGAAGCUUCGAAAUUUUGAAAUUGUCUUGGCCCAGAAGACCCCCGUAGAGGAUGGCGCCUUCGGGCUUCGCAGAUCUUGCUUUGACUUACCAAAGGUUUGGCUCCAACAAUCUUGAAGGACACUUACGUUGCACGAAGUUGUUACCCGUAUUACACCUCACCUUAAUAUUUUAAAAUGUCAAACCAAACGUAUAUUUUGCUAUUUUGUUCCUUGUUAAACAAAUUUUCGCGGCUUCACAAAAGUAGAAGACCUCCUGAGAAGACCCAAAAAAUGAGCGGAAGCUUGUUAACCUCGUAGCCGCUAAUCCUUUCCUCUCCUUCCAGAAAUUAAGAAGGUUUUGGAUUUCCGAUUGCUUAGAGAUCAAACUGUCGACAAGAGAAAUGCUUUUCACUUUGCUGGUCAAAACUCAGUCUUUCUUGCCUCUGUUUCAAAGCGAGGCUACGUGCAAAGCCAAAAUAAUAAUAGUAAUAACAGUAAUAAUAACCAUAAUGAUAAUAAUGUUUUUUAUUCUCAUGCAAAUGAAACUCAUUUUUAAAGUGCAAUUAGCCUAGUUUUGAAAGUUAGGGUUUUUGGAACUCACGAAUGGCCUAUUUUACUCCCGCCCCUAGACCCUGGGGGUUGAGAUAAAUGUAACUGAGGAGGACGAAAUAGAAACAAUGAAAAUUGCGAAAAUUGUAUGGACUGGGGAUGGUUGAAUUUUUUCAGCCACUGACGAAAACGUCAGGAAUGGUCGUGAAAUUUGAUCCGUAUGGCGCGUUGAUGAUUAAUCGCGGCAAUCGUAUUUCGAUUGUGUUCCAUUUAUACUGCUGCAGUAUGCAUAAAUUGUCUACAAUACCUUUAGCGAAUGUUGCGAGCCUUGCUCGUUUUUUCAUGUUAGCAAUUUGAUUCAAAAAAUUAUUUAAGUUUUUUUUUUCUGUAUUUCAUCUCUUUAUAUCAUUUACGCUUGGAUUACCAUUAUGGGAUACAGCAAGCAUGAAUAUGUCUUACUCCCCUAACAAAAAUUUGUCAUAUGACACCCUUACCUCCCCAUGACGGCCACCUCUCCACAACGGGCCACUUUCUUCUGUCCCCAAGGUGACCUUUCUGGAGAGGUUCGACUGUAUAUCGAGUCAAGGAUCUCGAUGAUGAUUCACUGAUCAUCCUUGGAUGAGUCAUAGAAAUAUUAUAUAACAGUUUUAAUCCCUUAUAAUACAAUCUGUUUACCCCCCUAAAUUUUGCGUAAGUUGUAGUUUUCAAAUGUUCUUGAUCGAGGGAAUAUGCAGUCCUCCUCAAGAGGAGCAUUUGAAAACAAUAGUUUAUACGAUUUCUUUUUUGGAGGGGGAGAGGAGGCAAACAGAGUGUAUUGUGUAUUAUAGGGGUUUCGAAAACAAAGAAUAGGGACUCGAGCGACGGAAAGUUGACUCUGGUCCUGUCCACAUGUAUUCUCAUAUUUUAGAAAACAGAUUUUUUCCUCUUUUUAGCCACUCGUCCCGGCACCGAAAACGCACUUUUUCGAAAAUGGUCCCCAGGAUGGACAUUUUUGUCAUAUGAACCAAUCUCGUUGCCAGACGGAAGAAUACGGAGGUUUUCGAAUACUUUGAUAGAGUAAAAUUUUACCAAUCGGAAAAAGGCUGGAGCCUCACUACCUCUCUUUCCCCUUCCCAUCGUCCACCGCACGCUUUCGAUAUUUUCUUCCCUCUCCUCAGUCUCCCUACGACACAACUAAAGAGGCCUCCGCAGAGGAGGGAGUGAACCAAUGACAGACAGAGGCAACAACAACAACAACAACAACAUAAGCUUUCUUUGCAUGACUACAAUUAUGUAGUUACAGUAUUGCAAAAGCUUUAACAUAAAGUUACAAUUGAUAACAAUGAUAAUGCAAUGCAAUGAUUACUACAGUCAAUCAAGUGUCAUCGGCAUGAUUUGAUAACAAAUUAGUACGUAAAUCAUCAGUCAAUCUCUUCGGUCCUCUUCUCUGCAGCGUUACUUGGGAGCUCCUCUCCUCGUGCGUGACAAUUCUAUUAUAUCAAUCAUUUACUGAAUUAGAGGAAAUCAAGUAGCAAUGACGUCAAACGCAGAAUAAUCAGUAACCUUACUAACUUCACAAUACUUUUCAGAGAGAUAUUCAAAGAGAGCAAGCCCCUUUAUCCUGUCUUGAGGAGAGACAAAAGGAGAGGAUGGUUUGCGAUUUUCUGGUGUGGCUUGUCAGGGUGACUUGUUCCAAAAUUAAACGAGUUUAAGGUUGAAGACUAGGAUUAUGGUAUUCAUGUUUCAGUAUCCGACUAUCUUAAAUUUUUCCAGCUGCCAAACUCAACUGUCAAUCAAGCCAAACUUCAAGGAUUUUACCGAUAGUAAAGUUGUAAAAAUGUCUUUAUUUGCGCCGUUUGCUUGUUUAUUUUGCCUUGGAAACUUUUAAACACAAAAUGGCAGUUUUAUUCAACGUCAAAAGUUCUUUUAAGAGGCAUUAUGUCUAAAUUGACAUGCAUUAUAAAUUAGGCAUUAUGUCUUUUUCGUUCCCUAUUUACACAGCAGGUCUCAGCUCGUCAUUAAGUGUCCUGGGUUGUGUAACAUAUCUCUAUUUUUUCCCUAAUCAUACCAUCAGUUUGUUUUCUGCUGUCGAAUAAGUUGCAAACAACUGGCAGUAAAUUUUCAAGCAAAACCACCUCUGUUACUCUGCCAGGUACGUCCAUUUUAACUGGUCAAAACAGGGAUAAUUGCAUAAAGUUUCUUAGCCAGUUUUAAUAUACUUCAAUGAAUUCUUUAAGAGAUCUGUAAUAGGUAAUAAAUCACACGUAACAUAUUACGAUCCAUCAACUCUCAUCUAGAUCAAAAAUAGCAAACGGUAAAAGAUUUUCAAAUUACGGGCAAUGCAUUAUUGAUCCAUUUUGCAAGGCAGUCAUUACUUACGAACCCCACAACAAAAAAAAUAGAAAGACUAUCGCCCAACCAUUUCUUUAUGAUAGGAUAAAUUGACUAAAGCUCUCGCGAUAAAAAACUCCAUAGAUUACAUAAAUACUGAAUAAGACACCUAACGGCGGAAAAACCUGUGGCUUCUCGUGACAGAGGAUGUAGAAGUACUGCGGAUUAAUAACUACGCUGCGAAGAGAUAUCUUAAAAUACAUACUCUGAGGCAACAGUUUCCUUAACAUUUGACAAGAAUUGUAACUGCAAAAGCUUACGGGAAAAUAUCAGUCUUUGUUCUAAGGUCUCCUGAACCCCCGUUCUAAAAUCCAGUAUGGAGUUUUGUUUAAAUCUGUCUUCUCUUUAUAAGACAAAUCUGACAGAAACUAAGGGGUAGAUAAAUGUCAUAUUGACUUAGAUAUUACCGAUCAUCAAAUAUCGGACAGAUACUAAGACCGUGUUCGAAUGGUAGAACAGUUUGUACCGUCGAAAGGCAAAUUGGUUUAAACGAAAUGUAGAAAAACUGCCGAUUCCUUAGGCAAACUUACAUAAGCCAUUUAUGAAAAACCAAUUUUGAAUUUUUACAGAACCGUUUUUAACCAUUUUGGAUAAACAGAGGUGGGAAAUGUUUUUUGGGGGAAAUGAAUAUAUUAUGUUUUAACUUUUAAUUAAAAAGAAAGAGGGCAAUCUAUGUUGAUCAGGUUAGUUCUAGUCGUGACGUUCUGCCAUAUAUUAUUUAUUUUUACAAAAUAUUGGGAAUCACGUCCGUUAUUGCACAUUUGGUAUGACAAAUUAAAGUAAUUACCUUCCGCUUUCAUCUGUUAACGUAACACCGUGAAACAAAAACCCAUAUCUAAUGUCGCAAACGUCGGUAUAUUUUUUUGUGUUAUGGAUAGCAUUUUUAUGUCUUUAUUGCUUCUACAAAGAAUACAGGCAAACAUUCUUCUUCGGAGGCUUAUCAAUCCAGGCAACAGAGCAUCAUUUUAUUUUUUUGGAUGGUAUUAUGCACCUCUUAAAAUUAAGAUUUUUUCAUCAAUCAAAAUUAUAGAUAGCUUGUGCAAACAAUUUACACGUCAAAAACAAUCUUCUUCUCAUCAGAGCUGUUAUCACAAGACUUUGCUCUCCUCUACUUUAUCUUUAUAAGUACACGAUCAUGAGAUCUUAACAUCUGUAAAGGAAACGAUUUGUAUUGAUCAUCAUUUGUGCUUUUAAACUCCAGUCCUAGAAGCUUUCAAGCCCACAGUUAAGAAGGUGUGGCAAUGGAGGGACUAAGGAUUUUCUGUGUUCUCAUUUUCUUUGCGGUUCACUCAUUUAGCAUCCCGAUAGAAACACAUCGUUCUGGUAGGUUGCCUAUCUUGUUGUCUUUUUUCAGAACGAAAACAAGUGAUUGUUUCCCGUUUAUCGGUACCGGUUCUGUGCCUAGACAUCGGGUAACUUUGAUUUAACGUAGAAAAUCUAAGAAUGAGUGCAGUAAUUAUUAUUUAUGCUAUGGAAACUGUGCAGUUUUUGUUAUCACCCAUUGUGAUGGAAUAUUAUCGUGCAAGGAUACAUUGUGAAAGAAAAACGAAGCCAGAGGGAGCAAAUUUUCAAGAAAUAUCAACUUUCAUAUCAGAAAUUGGCCUUAAUACGCUACUUACAAAAUCGAUCUAAAAUAAUUUUAAUCACUCUCUAGAAAUUACAGAAUCAGUCCACAAGCGCUUAAAGAUUUUGUGACAAUUCUAGCUCUUCAGAUCCCAAAAAACUUAAAAGUCGAAAAUAUAAAAUUAAAAAUUAAAAACACAGAUGUAUGCAUGUAUGUAUUACAAGUCAAGAUUUGCGUUAAACACAAAUGUAUUGCACAAAAAAGUGACACUGGAUAAAUGUUUUCUUUAGUUUGUUUUCAAAACGCAAACAAAAACUCAUAGAAAUACAGGGUGUUUUUGCUCACAGUCAGGGAACGUAAUACAGUUUGUUGUUAUGGAUACAUGCCACUUAAGUUCUGAAUGGUAACUCUGCAGAUUUGAGAGAUGAAAAUAUACUUAUAUCAAUCUUUUAACAUUGAGUUUCAGAGGCAAAACGAUCCCUAAUAAGGGAAGACGACAAGGACCUACUUUCUGGGGACGACACGAUUUUGGAUCAUAUAGAAAAAGUCAAUAAAGGCAAGAAAUAGAAUGAAUACGAAUACGUGCUUCGUGAAUGUUCUUCUUGCCACCGAUAGAGUGCCCUGGGCGUUUACUAAUUGUUAAACAAUUUUUGCCUAAAACUGAAAAAUAAAGUGCAAAUAAACUGAGAAAAAAAAUUACUACCCAUGUGACAUUUUUCAUAACAAUCAAGUUCAAUGGGGAAUACUUUACAGUUUUACUUCAAGUCAUUCCGCGGUUGUUCACAUAUGGUUAUUCUCUUUUUUGGCUUUAACUGUAACGACAGUAACAUACAGUAAUAAACCUAACUCUCAUACCUUCUGCCAUAAUCUAGCACAUACACUCCAUCGAGCCCCUUGCGACUACCAAACGAAACCAGGUAUCUUCCACCAGAUUCGGCCUUAUAAGGUUCUUAAACAGGUUCUUAAGUUAAUAGAGCACUGAUAGAGGCACUAGCGAUCAGCACAGACAACUACUAUACUAUUGGAAUAUAUUGCUGUAUUACUAAAUAAUUAUCUAGAAUACAGUUUAAAUGAUAACCGUACAGAACUGUAUUCCUAAUAAUUGCAUGGUAUAAUCCAGCCAAAGACAGAUAUGGUUUUCAUUUUAGUUCAGGCUUUGAAUCUUACUGAAUAAAACCUAGACUAAAUUGUUUUUUCUGCAUUUUAAUCUGUGCCUUCACUUUUGUAAAAUAAGAACCUAUAGAAAAUUUUAGUCUAAGUAGGUGCUUAUGAAAAGGGGGUCUAAAAUGAAAAUUUUAGCCUAACAGGUUCUUAAAUUUUAUCGUUCUUAUACGCGGGUUUUUACUGUAUUUGCUAUGAGGAUAGAGAUGGACCGGAAUAUUCACGAGUGCAAGAACAGUAAGCAAAAUUUACAAGAACGCCUGCCAGGAUACUCACUAUUAACAAACUAGUUUUAAAAAGAAAUAUCACGAGUGCCUUACUUCCGAUCCGCCAGAAAAUUGUUUCUAGCCCUAAUAAGAAGCUAGGAAUUCAAGGGCGACUUCCAUUCAACAAAAAUUCCGGUUAGAAAUUUCGGAAAUUUCACGUGCCCAAUGAAACGGUACAUUCCACUGACCCGACCCAAGCCACCUCGCGUUUGGUUAUUGUUUUUGUAAGCAUAUUAGUAAGCAGGAUUCAAAAGAGCGGUACUGGGGACAACAAUUUUGUCCAAUCAAUGGAAAGAGACAUUUAGGUCCGACCGACGGAAAUGACCGCCAGGUCAAAGUGGACCACCUUCAAAGGUGGUCCCAAUUAUUCCGGUCGGAUCGACCCGAAAUGGUGCGUCCCAUUUCAUUGAUUUCUAACCGAAAUUUCCGGAAUUUUGGGCUGUAUGGGAAGCACCCCAAUUUUCAUUGAAACUGGUUCGAUGGGAGUAACUUCUAGGGCCGCCCUCCCGUUGUUCAGGUCUAGUUAACAUUACAAAGAUAUCGCCCAAAAUAGCGGGGAACUCCCAUAUAAAAAUAGCCAGAAUGGUCGCCACAUGUAGGGGAAAUCUAAGACAGACUUUGAUCCAUGUUACUGGAUUUCGAACUCUCUGUCAGUGGAACUUGGAUUCCGGAUUCCCAUCAUUAGUGCGGGUAUUCCAGAUUCCUUGAGCUGUAUUCUGGAUUCCAAAGUCCAGGAUUUCGGUCCACAAGCAAAAAUUCCACCGAUUCCGGAAUCCGGAGUCCCUUGCAUGGAGCGUAGACGGGGCUACAGCUCGUCGUCUCGUAAACUCAGUUUUUGGUCUCAGGGUGUUCUGUGUUCAGGACUUGUGGAGUCAGAAAUCCUGGGCUUUGGAAUCUGGAAUUCAGCUCAAAGAAUCCGGAAUCCCACUAACGAUUGGAAUUUGGAAUCCAAGUUCACUGACAAGGAUUCCCUCCCGAAUCCAGUACCUCAAGUCCGGAAUCCACAGCGUGAAAUCGAGAAUCCAAGACUCUCUUACAUUACCUUUCAUGGAGCGAAAGAUAUUGUUGCUGAUACACUGUCCAAUCAGUCUAAAAACGCAAAAACUAAAGGCUUUCUCUACUUUCCAGAUAAUGACGUCAACUUGUACGAGGCAGAUAUCGAUUUAUCUCCUGAUGAUGUCGUUGAUUUGAGAGAUGAUGGUGAUGUGGAUGGACAGCAAUUAAUCGGGCGAAAGAAGCGUAACGCUGCUCGCAAUCGAAAGAAGGUGUGGGUUACACGUGUUAUUCCUUAUGAGUACGACAGCAGCCUUCCAGGUAGGACAUGUUAUACCCCCAACCGCCGGGGGGAGUAAUCAACAAAAUCUUAUUCGGGGGGGCACCGACCCGAGGUCCAACCCCUUACCCUUUUACAUACCAGUGUUGACAUUAAAGGUACACCUUUCGUAUGCCUUCUAUUUUUAAAAAAAGCAAACAGAAAGUCUUCUUUUCAUUUUGUGUAGGUUUAAUAAAUUAAAAUGAUAUAAUGAUGUGAAGUAUAUGAAAAUAAUUCAUUUUUGAACUGCGGUUGUAGAUGAAAGUGAAGAAUGAUCAUCGCAGUAAAUUUUCCAAUUUAAGCAACUGGAAAGAAGAAGCCUGAAAAAACAAUCAGGGCUUCAACGGGAUUCGAACCCUUGACCUUCGCGUUACCGGUGCGUUGCUCUACCAACUGAGCUAUGAAUCCACACAUUCGGAGCGAGGUCAAUUUAUUGAGUUCAUAUCUCCCGUGCGGAGUGAAAUGAUGUGAAGUAUAUGAAAAUAAUUCAUUUUUGAACUGCGGUUGUUUACUGCGAUGAUCAUUCUUCACUUUCAUCUACAACCGCAGUUCAAAAAUUAAUUAUUUUCAUAUACUUCACAUCAUUUCACUCCUCACGGGAGAUAUGAACUCAAUAAAUUGACCUCGCUCCCAAUGUGUGGCUUCAUAGCUCAGUUGGUAGAGCAACGCACCGGCAACGCGGAGGUCACGGGUUCGAAUCCCGUUGAAGCCCUGAUUGUAUUUUCAGACCUCUUCUUUCCAACUGUUUAAAUUGGAAAAUUUACUGCGAUGAUCAUUCUUCACUUAUAAAAUGAUAUAGCCAUAAAGAGCUUCUUUUCGAAAUAUUUCAAUUAAAGGCCGUUUUUAAUACUUUAAUGAUAGAUUUUCCAACCCUUCCAUAUACUUCAACUCGUGAAUUCCCUGCCCUUUGAUAUACCUGACGCCUGAAAUGUAGGUACCCUUUUCGGAUGGAGCCUUUAAUUUCCGUAUAGUGCUUAGCCUCCCACGCAGACGUUCCAAGGGGUUCGUCACGCGUUCCUGCCCCACUAACGUCUGCUGGUUUGAGCGGAAAAUAACGUAGACCAAUCACAGCAGACUUCCAGAUCUGGGAAGUGUACUCGCUUGACUAAGCCCCAGAAAACAUCAGAAAGGUCUCAUGAAAGGUGAAGACCUUACAGUUUUAGAAAAAACUACACAGUUAACUCGCAAGCGUUCGUACCAGAGGUUACCUUCACAAUAUCAUUGAAAAAAAAUUGCCUCGGAGGUUAAAUUUGCUGAACGGAAGUCGGCUUUACUACAAAACAAUUAAGUGUGAAAAAAAUUCUGCCUUUUGGUCCGUUACAAGGUAACCCCGUCGUGCCAUCACCGAAAGAACAACUUUAUGAGCAAAUGACAUCUAAUCCAGCCUUUACAGAGAGAAAUAUACAAAAAGCCAGCGCGUAUCUCCUAGAUUCUCGUCCGGAGCAAAAAUCUUUGGUCACGUAUCACACCCUACCGAGCUUGUACGUAUGUGUUUGGCUUGUGAUUGGAUCUCCGAUAAUCUGUCUCCAGCUGAUAUUUGUGAACAGUAGAAAAGGAAUGUAUUUCUCGGUUCAGCAGACGUUAGUGGGGCAGGAACGGGUAACGAACCCCUAAGAACGUCUACGUGGGAGGCUAUAGAUGUGAUGCAUGUGAUCUUCAGCUGAUAUUUUUGAACAAUAGGAAAGGAAUGCAUUUUUCGGUUCAGCAGACGUUAGUGGGGCAAGAACUCGUGACGAACCCUUAAGAAUGUCUACGUGGGAGACUAUAUAGUUCCUCACCCGGGUGUCAUACCGACUAGACUGCUGAGAAUUUACUUCAAAUACUUCCACUAUUAAAUCUGCAGAAUAUAAUCCAAGCACAUGUACGAUCAACCUAAGCGGUUGAUAAACAAGUAUGGAACAAUCCGCUUACCGGGAUAGACACUAGCAUGGCAAAUUGUUAACAUAUACAACUCGUGAAAGACGUGAAAAAAAGAGCCAUAGAAGGAAAAUUUGAGUUCUUAUUAGACGGAGGUCAAAUCCUUCUUGUCCGUUUCUCCUUCACUUAUACCAACCAAAUUACACAACCGUUCUUUGAUAAUGGAUGUCUUAGUAACUAUGAUGGCAUACAGCUGUAACAAAGUCAACAGCAUUCUACUGACGAAGGGACAAGUCCGAAACGUCUUGGUAGAAUUUUACCUUGAAAACCUGAAUGAAUUUUCAUCAAACUGCGAACAGCACUGUGACCCAAUGAUCCUAGUCAUGUUGACAAGGGUUUGGGCUUGGGGAAAGGUCCACCACGGGUGUCUGUAAAACGCGGACCGGAUACCUGCGGAUGGCGGAUGGCGGAUGGCGGAUGCGGAUGGGAAAAUGCGGAUGGAAAAAUGCGGAUGGAAAAAAAUGCGGAUAGCAAAAAAAGGAAGAAGGAAAAAACGAGAAAUGCGGAUGGCAAAAAAAAUAAUAAAUAAACAAACAAACAAAGGAAAGAAAUCUUUCUUUCAAGUCGCUGUCACAUGGUUGAACCCUUCACUUACAUACAGAACGUGAUGCCAAUAGUUGACACAGUUAUUUUGUACCCUGUAAUUCCUUUCAUUAAGGACGCUCCGUUCCUCCUCCUUAAAUGCACACAUACUUGGUGCACUUCUCCUUUGAGUGUUUAGCUUAAGGCUUUUAGGCGAGGUAAACAGCUCAAAAAAUCGGCUAGCAAAGGAGGUGUCUGCAAAACGAGGACUGGAUACCUGCGGAUGGCGAAUGCGGAUGGGAAAAUGAGGAUAGAAAAAAUUGUGAACAACAACAAAGAAACACAAAUUUGGAUAUAUAAAUUGUGUCACUCAAACAUUUCUUAACAAAACAAAACGUGUAUAACGUUGUUCGGAUAACAACAACAGAAAAGGACUGAAUUUCCUCAAAUUAAAAGAAAAUUAGAGAAAACAAACUAAACCCAAAAAUAGGGUGAACUACGCGAAAAAAUCGGCGUGCUUUGCGUCGCCUAUUUCACGCUUGCCUCCGCUAAAUCGCCAUGUUUCCUCACAAAGGAGCCUGAUCUUCAAAAGGGCUGAUAAUACAAAUCAACUUUCGCUCUGCCUUGACUCUGGUCGACUCUGCCAUAGCAGACAGUUCAGAGACUGAUUGUGAACUGCAGACACCUGCAGAAGCCCGUUUUUGAGAUCGAAAGCUAAGCUAUUGUUACACUAGUGGUCUUCUGUUACACAAUGUCCUCUCGGUUUUGUGUGAAUCGGUCUUGUUUAAUGAGGGUUUUUCUACAGAAAUUCAUUUUCAAGCAAUAUGCCGCACUCUCAACGAAGUCAUUUUUCUGGCCUUCGUUCCAUUUUCACAGUUUUACGAAAAGCUUCCAUCAACAUAUAAAAAAUGCUGAUCUGGUGUAGACAUAGCUAAAAAAUUUAUAUAGUCUUCUUAAGAAGCAGCUUGGUUUUUUUCUGAUUUUUAAUAAUUAAACAUCUUUCCAUGUAGAAAAAAUAUGUUUGGUUGCUGCUUCGCAGAUAGACGGAGCGGGCCAAAUAAUUCGAAUAUUAUAAAUUAUUUUCGAUUCCGAAUUCUGCCCUUCACGCUUUUAAAAACGAGUUUUAAGUUGCUCGAUACAGAUGUUCUAAAAACUCACUGAGGAUAUGUUUUCGAAACUAUUUUGCUAGCAGAAAAAUUCGAAACAAAAACAAAUGGAACAGAAAGUAGCCUUCAUUAAUGCGUUUCCACGCGACACUUUUUUGCGGGAGUUUAAUUUUGCAGAUUAUUUUUACACCUUUUCGGGAAAUAAUCAGGCGGAUUAGGAGGAGUUGAUUGGCAUCCGCCAAAUCGGAACGUUCGGCCUUUUUUCUGGUUGAUACUGCAAUUUUUUCUGUCUUGAGCCGCUCAAACAAACAAGUCUUGAUUUGAUUGCCCUGAGAAUAUUCUUUCUGUAAGUUGAGUACACUAUAUCCAGUGAGAGCAAAGAAAUCAUGCCUCCCCUUCUUAGCGUGAUAACAAUGAAAUUCCUAAUAAAGUAAAUGUUAAAAAAAAAUAGCGAUCACUCCCGAAAGUAAAGACAGACUGCUUCGUGAAUUACACCGCUUUAGGAUGCUGGUAUGGUAAUAUUCUGCAUUCUGACCCGUGAUUGCAGGGACCACUGGCUCCUUAUUUGGUAAAGAGGAGAAUAUUAAACGGGGCCAGUGCAAAAUAAGCAAACCUUUGCUAGUCGAUUUUUUGAGCUGUUUACGUUGCCUGCAAACCUUAGGCUAAACACUCAAAGGAGAAGUGCACCAAGUAUGCGUGCAUUUAAGGAGGAGGAACGGAGCGUCCUUAAUGAAAGGAAUUACAGGGUACAAAAUAACUGUGUCAACUAUUGGCAUCACUUUCUGUAUGUAAGUGAAGGGUUCAACCAUGUGAAAGCGACUUGAAAGAAAGAUUUCUUUCCUUAAUUGUUUGUUUGUUUAUUUUAUUAUUAUUACUAUUUUUUUGCCAUCCACAUUUCUCUUUUUUUUCUUCUUACUUUUUCUGCUAUCCGCAUUUUUUUUUUUCCAUCCGCAUUUUUCUAUCCGCAUUUUCCCAUCCGCAUCCGCCAUCCGCAGGUAUCCGGUCCGCGUUUUACAGACACCCGGUCCACCACCCACCUCUGAUUUGUCGAUUGGCUUGUCCUUACUCUUUUCUGUGCUCCACCGUCUCUAUAAAGUUGAGCUCGUCACAGCGAAGAGUCUUGUCACAAGCCGAGUCGACCGUCCGUUUAUUGCAUUCUUUAAGCUUUGCGUGUUUAAAACUUGGCUCAAUUUGUAAUUUGCUCCCAAAAUACAUAGAAAUCGAAAAAUUCAGCCUCAGAUUCAGAUUCCCGAUUUUUGUAUUAUUACCAAAAAGGAAUGGAAAAUCUUUGCUAGUUAUAAUCCUUAGACAGAACAGUUGUCAGACGUUUUCACCACUAAUAACAUACAGUGGUAUAUACCUAUACAGUUCAUUUACUUCCUCUCAAUUCGUCCGACCGCGCCAUCGGGAUAUAAGCUACAACCAGUUGCCAAAAUGUUGAGACACUCCCACGAAAAAACAACCUUUCUUGCUUCAAAUCGCUCCUGGUCACAGGUCUGUGAGAUACAAUACUGACCACCCUCCUUCCUCCCAUUCAAAGUUGUUCCUCCACGUUUUGAGUAUGGUCUUGUUUUGCUAGCAACCUUGAUAAGGGGUCGAAGGGGUCACAAGUACAAGAUCAUAGACAGGCCAUUUAUACCAAAAUAUACGGUACAGUGUCUCAAGUACUUUUGCAACUGGUUGUAGCCUGUUCCAGGCUAUCAGACAUAUAGUAGAGAUGACGCGUAACUGAAAGGCACUCGAAAAUAUGAGCACGUGAUCUGGGAACAGGUGUGCCGUCCUUCCUCUCCACAGUUUCCUCCGGUUUUAUUUUCACGUUUUUGCUUUCUCAUUCCGCGGACCCAACUAGCUCGGAGCCUGGAACAGGCUAGAUGCAACCCAGUUAAAACCCCAAAAUUCCCAACGACAGAUACUUAAGCAUUAACUUGCUGGUUUUGCUUUUUUUUCACUUCAGAUGCCUUUAAAUCAACUAUUCAAGAAGCAAUUGCUGAAUAUGAAAACAAAACAUGUCUGACCUUUAAACCAAGAACUGGUGAAGACCUCUUUGUGAAGUUUGUUCAAGAGAAAGGGUAAGAGUUAGUAGAUCAGGUGAGGUUCCAUAGAAAAGGAUUCCAACUGGAACACAAUUCCACCCAGCCUAAGUCCCCAGGCGUUUUCGGCUCGGUCCUUCCUGGACCGGCUACCAUGAGUUGUGACGUCACCGAGAGAUACUCGCCGAGAGAUACUCUCUCCCAGACUUCGCGCAGACAACGGAUCAAGAGAGAACGCCAGGGGACUAGGCUGAAGUCCACCCAUAUUUCCAUUUGAGUUACCUGUAUCAUGCAUGACAUAAUCGAGGGGCAGUGAGUAUAGAAAUAUCCUCACGCUGCCAGAUAAGCGGUAGUUUGACGUAUAUCACACACCACUGCUUUAUGACUAAAGGUUCAGGAUUACAAUAUGAAAAAUGCCAUUUACGAACUGUCAGUAUACACGACUUUCCCUCUAAUGCAAAAAGUUGAUGACGGCAGUGUUAUUUUGCACUGACAGUCUUACCUUUCGCGUUUGUAAUGGUUACAAAUCCUGUCAAUUUUUGACCCUAAAACUUUAGCAAGAACUAAGCUUCUGCUUUACGCUUAAUCCUUGCAAAGGUUUUGCUUUACCUCCCAACGCAAUUUUCUUUUGAUCGGUUCUCAGUCUGACCGACAUCAGCCGUGUGACUAAAGUCACUGUUGUUCUCGCGCGGGGCUCACUUUUGUACAUAAAUUUCUGAUAUACCGUAAAUCCUCUAUUAAGCCUCCCCAUCUCAAAUAAGCCCCCUUUCUCGAACAAGCCCCCCUUUUCAGGGGAAGACAGUUAAUAAGUCCCCGCUUCCUUUUUAGAACACCCCACCCCUCCCCCUUAUUAUUCUUCACUUCACCGUAUUAUCAAGCACGACUGUAAAACUUUAUGUGGACUGAUCCAUUAUUAGACUUUCUCAAAGUCGUUCGCUCGGUUUUCUGGUCUGGUCCGCGCUCGUACGAUCGCGCUUCGCGCUCACAGUCGCGCUACGCGCUCAAAAGCUCGACUUGUAAGCAAGUCUAAUCCAUUAUAUGUAAAACCCUGAAGAAGGAAGGCCGUGCCUUCCGAAAUUUCAGUAAAUGUUUUUAUAUAUAUAUUCCCGACUGUUAAAUCAGCCUUGCUUCUUUUGUUUUAUAUUUUCACUUGUUGCUGAUUAGAUCCUUCAUUAGGAUCCGGUCCUUCUAUUUUGCAAGCUGGUCCUUGCUUCAAAAAUCGAUCCAGGAUGGUGUAUUUACCAACUGGCACUUCGGAUUUGUUAUUGGUUCUCGAGGAUCAUAACAAAUCUGUAUGACCUCCAACUUCUCGUACUUGUGCUUUUCUACUCUGUAUUCUAGUUCUUUCGGGAGAACUGAUCACUAUCGUCUUGGCUAAAUUAAAUAAGCUCCCCGUCUCUAUAAAGACCUUCCCCCCUUAACCUCAAAUGUGAUUGAAAUAAAUAAGCCCCCCCCCCAGGGGGCUUAAUAGAGGAUUUCCGUUAAGUGUUACUUGAUUUUUAGCUGCUGGUCCUCUGUUGGUCGCCAGUACUGGAUGACAGGAGUUGGGCAAAAGCUUUCACUUGGUAAAGGCUGCAACCACAAAGGGACCAUCAUGCAUGAGUUGAUGCACGCUAUUGGCUUCUGGCACGAACAAUCGCGACCGGACAGAAAUCUUUAUGUAGAAGUACUCUGGGAGAACAUAAUAACAGGUACGCUGGAAAGUCAUCAAUUGCCUUUUUCCAUGUAGGUUAAAAAUCAAAAUUGAUCGUGGUUUGAUCACAAGGAUCCUGGCAGAAGUAAAUUUACAGCCAUUGCAAUGGCACUAUAGUGACUAUAAUUACGUUGGUAGCGAAAAUCCCGCCUUAAUCUGAACCUGAUCGAACCUCAGUUUUGGUAGCACAACAAAGCGAACAUCCUGGAUCAGGCCUCCUAACACUACCCGAUUCAAAUAGUUCUGCUAGCUGCGGACAGUGCUUUUUUGUCAGUUAUAAAGUUAUUACCAAUAAAGUUUUGUUGUUGUUGCAGUUGUUAUAUUUCUUAUUGUUGUAAUGCGCUUUUGAUUACCUAGUAUGUUAAAAAGCCUAGUAUUACCUAGUAUGUUAAAUGAAUAAAUUAUUAUAAAUAUGAUCAAGUGACAGAGAAUUGAACACUUUUGGAAUGUGGCUUAAAAUGAAAACGUUACUAGAAAUAAAAUUUCGUCUUUAUUUAACCCGUAUACACUGGAAUGGAAACUACCCUAUAUUAUAGCCUUGCACUUUAAUCUAUUCCCAAAAGACCAAGUGAAGACAUGUCAGCUACCCUGGGCCCGGUUCUUCGAAAAAUGGUUAAGUUUAACCCAGGAGUAGGCCAAAUUUUGAGCAAGGUUUUCUUGUCUAAGAACAUGUAACUUGAGCUUACAAAAUACCAUUAACCAUUUACUACGAAAUACAAAUAACACAACGUGUUACUCUAAGCAAUACAUAGGAAGAUAAAAUACAAAAACGGAACAAAAUUUUAAUCAUGGAUUAUUGCUUAUCGGCCUUCCAAGAACCGGGCCCUGGACAAUUGUUCUGGCACUCUGUGGUAUCAUCAGACAGGCAUACCUGACUUAAAUGAGCCUGCACUCUUUAUAACGAGAGAUAUACUAUCUAGUAUUAUCUCAUUUUUCUUUUCAGAGGAAGAGCAUAACUUUAACAAAUACAGCCACAGUGAUAUAGAUUUGCUCAAGAUACCAUAUGACUUUGACUCCAUCAUGCACUACGGACGGAAAAGUUUUUCCAAAAAUGGAAAAGACACCAUUCGGUCAAUCCUGAAUCCCAGCCACCCCCUGGGGCAGAGAGAAGGCCUAACUGACUUUGAUAUUCAUGAGAUCAACGCACUCUACGAUUGCUCCAGUAAGAGAAAUAAACCUUUUUCCGAAACUGCGACAAAAAAAAGUACUGAAAAUGAUGAUAAUGAUAACGAUACUGCAUGAUAAUCAAAAUAAUAAACAAAACCGAAAAAAAGAAAGAACGACAAGACAGUUUUAAUAAUAGCCUUUUUAAAUAUUGAAUUUAAAUCGUUUGUUUCAGCUCCUAGUUGUUCUAAAAACACUUCUAAUGACUGUUGAGUGUUUAAAAGCAUAUUCCAUCUCAGUCAUCAGUAUGGUCAUUUGAAUUUAAGAUAUAAGCCAAUUAUCCGUGCAAAAAAAAGUGCGAAACAACAAUUGUGACUGUAAUUUAAGCCACAAAUAUUUGUGUAAAAAUCAGCCCAAGAGAAUUCCGGAGGUAAAAAGAAACCCACCACGUUCCUAAUUUAAAAGAGUAACAAGAUUUCUUGUCACCAGUUUUUAAGAAAUUCCUUACAGCAUUAAAAGUUACUCCUGAAGAUGUUGUUCUAGGCAUUACUAUGCCAAAUGUCCUUUCCCUUCCGUUUCAAUGUCGGCCUCGAAAUUGAACAAAUCCAUAAAAAAAACCAGCACAAAGCAACAUUGGAAGGGAGAAAGGGAGGUACCAGAGCUGUGUGACCCAAGUUAGAUGUCCUUGAUUGUAGCUCUGUUUAUUUACUUUUUUUCCUGCACACUAAGUAAAGGUUGGGUGGAGUUCCUGGUCAAACUUUGGUCCAUGUAGUACGUAUUGUUAUAAACAGCGCCAGAGAUUCUGUACCUCCAGUGACUUCAGCAGGGACUGUCCUGGCGCUGAUCAGUAUGGUGUGCAAGAAGAGAGUCUCAAGUGCAGUGAUAAAGAGUGUUUCGGUAAGCCUGAGUUAGAGAUAGUGUAGAACAUGGAACGGGAACGAAAUAGGAGGAAGGUCGUCGUCGUCAUCAUCAUCAUCAUCAUCAUCAUCAUCAUCAUCACCACCACCACCACCACCACCACCACCACCUCAUCAUCAUCAUCAUCAUCAUCAUCAUCAUCAUCAUCAUCAUCAUCAUCAUCAUCAAUGUUUUUCGCCAAAGCCCGACGACUUCUACACCCCGCGCUUGUUAGUGCUGUUAAUGCACCAGUGAUAUUUUCAAAUGAUGGGGUUGUGGCACCCACGCCCAAACCUCACGUUGUGUUACCCUUUUUAGACACUCUGGCAUACCAGUGGCAGGAUGACAAAGUCGUGCCUGUAUGUGUUCAUGGUCGACACACGAGACCUCUAGGACACACCGGUUCAAAAGUGAAGGCAAACAAAAUGGACUGUUAAAAAUAAAGCCAAUGUCGCCAUUUUAAGAAAAAAAUGUCAUUACUUGAAACUAUAAAAGGCUCUUUUGAUUAUUUAGAAAAAUGAAAAAUACGUCUUUGUUGAAAUUUUCUUCUUUAGCUCCAAUUGACGGUCACUGGGGUCGCUGGUCAUCAUGGGGCCUGUGUGACGCUGAAUGUGGACUUGGAACACAUCACAGGUCGAGGUCAUGUGACGACCCUCCACCAAGAUAUGGCGGGAAGAAUUGCGUCGGGAACUCCAGCAGUUCACAAUCCUGCAAGCUUAAGUCCUGCGGAAUCGGUAAGUGAAGAUACUUUCUUCUUUUCGCACCGGCUUCCGUCUACAAUCUGGACUUUCCUCAUAUGUGAAGUUUGACGCAAAGGACAGCGAGGAGUUGGUGAGAAGUGUGGAACUAAGUAAAGAAUGACAAGCGGUUCAUGACUGGCAGAAAAGAGGGACAAUAUCCUAACUUUGUCACACUUUUCCACACUUCCACACCUCUGUGAAGUGUGGAACUUAGUAAGAAGUGAAAAACUCUGGAUUUCAUGGCCAGAGCUGGACAUGGCUCCCAUUUUCGCAGAGCUUUUAUGGUUUGCGGCUCACUUUUCCUACUCUCACUCCAUACUUUCUAUGCCUUUUUCGCCAAUUUAGUGCCCUUUGUAUUCCUCAGGGCCGGAUGACUGCGAGUUUGACUCUGACCAAAUGUGCCAUUGGACGAAUAGUAAAUCUAACCCACCUUUAUUCACCUGGGAACGUAACACGGGUGGAACGCCUUCAAGUAACACUGGACCAUCCGGAGACCACACUUCUGGGUCAGGUAAUAACUUAAUAUGAUCGAGGAACGAUUGUUGCAAGAGGCGGGCAAGAAAGGAAAUCGAGUCUGGUAAUUUUUACCCUUUAAAUGUCACUAUUAACAUGUAUAAAGAAAUAAUUCCAGCUUCAAAGAUAGCUUAGUCGGAGUAAAUAGCUAGACUACAGAGCAGGAGGCCGCUAGCUCGAUUCCUCGGGGCAACACCUAAUGUAACGAAGAAGUAAAGGUAAUGCCCAUGCAGCAAGACAAAACUGCGCGUUUGCAAAACCCAUCUCCAUUGAAAACAGCUCUGCUGCCACCUCACCACUUGGCAAUAAAGCUACCCGACAAUACACGUUUGGAACUAGAGAAACAUCAAAGUACCCAAAAGGCCACCAUUAAAAUCCAAAUCAUGAGCGUUCGAUGACGAUAGCGCUGACAAUAACCACAAGUGUUCUUCCGUUAAGGUCAUUACUUGUACGUGGAAGCAAGUGGUAUUCCAGAAGGGGAUAGAGCUGCAUUGGUCAGCAGGAACUUCAAUCCGUCCAUCGGACGCUGUUUGACGUUUUGGUACCACAUGUACGGUGAAGCGAUGGGAGAAUUGAAUGUUUACGUUAAGCCUGUUGGGGGAUCCAGGACCAAGGUCUGGAGCAAAUCUGGCGAUCAAGGAGAUGAAUGGAAAAUGGGACAAGUUACUCUGAAAAACAUGGAUUCGGACUAUCAAGUAAAACCUAGUUUUUAGAGUACAAAGGGGUAAUUUUUUCAUGUAUUUUGAGAAGGGGUACCGUGGUAUUAAUUACACUAGAACAACUAUAUUUUUUUAUUACGUUUCAGAGCGGAGGAUCACAUUUCGAGCUCACAUAUUAUGUCUUAAUACUGACAAAUAAAAGUCUUGUCUCAAGGCUACGAUCCUGUCAUUGUCGGCAUUGCAGAUCCGCUAACCUCGAUAUAACGAACCUCUAUCUAAAAGUGUCCUCGAUAUAACGAACGAUAUUCUUCCCCUCGGUAUUGGUAAAAUACAUGAAAAAGAUUCACAAUAAAACGAAACUUCGCGAAAUGCAUAUUUUGCCGAUUCCUUAGCCCUUUGUUUUAUCUUGGUUCCCCUGUAUAUGGAAAAGGGUAUUUUAUGAUCGUUCAUUGCUCUUGGGCAGUUUCUUAAAAAUAAAAAUGAUGACAAUGAUAAAAAUAAUGAUACUAAAGAUAAUGAAAAUGAUAAAACUGAUGAUACUUUGUUCUUAAUUAGGUAGAAUUCGAGGCUGUUCGUGGAAGCAAUUUCAGGGCUGACAUUGGGUUGGAUGACAUAAGCUUCAAAGAGAGUCCUUGUUGUAAGUAUGUCAAUUAUUUUAACAUCUGCAGUCAAAUUUUGAAAUAUUUCGUGUAUGUUGCGCUCUGUUUUUCAUCAUUUACAGUGGAGGCUAUUGGAUGCUUCUGGGAUACUCGAGAUCGGGCGUUACCAGUAUUGUUAAAAAAUAUACGGGAACAAAUUGACUGGUAUCAUAUGGAAAAAACUGUGGCAGCAUGCUCAAAGUUGACUCAACAACAACAUUACAAGGUUAGUACAUGGUAAUUCGUCUAAUGGUCAGCUUACUGAAACUAGAAUAGAUACAAUUUUGAGGUAUGUAAACUCGUCUCCAUCUCGAGCAACACAAAACACAGGGCGUUAUGCUCCCGACUACACCAACUGAAUCGCCCCACGUAAGGGAAUCCAAGACAGUGUUAGAUUCUGGAUUCAACGCCGUGCAUUCCAGAUUCCAGGUACUGGAUUCCGGAUUCCUUGAGCUGUAUACCGGAUUCCAAAGCCCAGGAUUCCAGAUUUCCAAGAUAGAAUUCCCGGAUUCCGGAAUCCUUUACAUGGGCGAAACUGAACAUUGUAGGCACGUCACGUUAUUAGAGAGCUUUAGAUUCUAAGACGAGUACGACUACGAGUACGAGAUUUUCUCGGUAUUACAGUAAGUAGUGCUCGCGCGUGAACCAGCGUCAUUUUGGCACGAAAAGGCGGUAGCCGUCGUCAUUUUACGACGACUUUUAGCGAGAAUGUCGAAGUAGCGGAAACAAGAUGUCAAAUGUUAAACGUUUUAUCAUUUUGCGCUCGGGAGAGGGUGUAACCUCCUUCACUAAAGGUAACCUCCUUCACUUUCUGCAUUUGAUUGGUUAACAGUGGCUUUCAGCUUAAUUUUCCUAGUGAAAAACCUUUGCGGGUGAAAACAAAUAAUAGCGUAAUUUCCGGGAGUCUAUUUCAUUUUCAGAAUACGGCUCGAAAAAACUUGAAAUCAAAUCUCGAACUCGUAGUCGUUCUCAGCCCUUUUCUAAUUUAAAAAUGAAGUAUCUAAUUUUGAGAAUACGCGAAAAAACUUGAAGUCAAAUCUCGUACUCGUAAACGUUCUCAGCCCUUGAAUCUAAAGGUAUCUAAUUUGUCCAAGCCACGGCAGCAAUUCUCAAGCCGAACGAUACGAUUGUCGUUUGCAAUACGAAUUUCACAUUGCAAAACUUCGUUCCCGAAUCAAAGCGUGCCUCAAAAAUCCAGCACGAUAUUGUCAAGAAAAUGCUCAUAAAAAUAAUUUUUUUUUAAUUUCUAUUCGCAUAACCCAAGUAAAAAGGAGCUAAAAAUGCUACAAAAUGAAGUGAUUGCUUCCUUAGCUAAACUGCUGAUGAUGUAAUUUUAAUGACCGAUUUUUUUUCGUUAAUGAAAAUUUAUUUCCUGAUAAUGAAGCGCAAAAGGUGUAUUUAUCUGUACAAUAGACUGAAAAACAGUCUGUUACUGUUUCCCCUCAAAAUCGGUUUUUCAAGUUGCGCGCUCGCGCGUUCCUGUCCUACGAAAGAGAAACGGCCUGCUUUACGAUCUAUCUGUAUAUGAAUGCAUAAUCCAGUUUAAAAAAGAUUAAAAAAAAGGUUUUCUUUCGCAUGACCAGAAAAAAGAACAUCGGUCGACAAUCGAAGGUGAAAACAUCCUGGGCAGAAGAUCUCCGGGUAAUACAGUCACAACUUUCCUUUAGAAACAUGAGCUAAUUAUGCUUAUUGCGACGAAGGGAAAUAAGUAAUUCCAGGCUUGCGCUAGCACAAUACCUGAAAAUAUUAAAGGAAUGUCUAGCCCACGGGCAUCAUUUUCUCACGUUUUACGGGCGAGCGAAGGCAAGCGAGAGGAGGGUGUGUGAAAAGCGGGUAGCCCACGCCCUCCACAAGGCUUUGCUCAAAGAACGCCUGUUCUGCAAGCUUAAAGAGGCAUUUUUCUGAUAAUGUGAACGCAAUGUUGUGAUUGCUUGACUGGGCUUUCAUGUAUCUUCUUCGAACAUUUGUUACGGUCGAAGAGCGGCAUUUGCCGGACUCCCAAUUGAACAUGACGUAUUAUAGCGGAGCUCUCGCGCGAGAAGCGGAGCAACAUGGGUAAUAAAAUUUGGUUAUCUGUGCACCCAAGGAAUUUUGGUUCUGAUAAAUUCGUCGGUAGGUACGUCCACCCGUUCACGUUAACAGAUGUGAAAUGUCACACUUACCAGCCCGUAGUCGAAGGCCCAUACAAUUUGUAUUAAACUUUAUAUUAUGGCCAAUUGACAGCUGUCAAAAAAGAGCACCCGCUGACCAGUGUCACAUGUCUGUAUCGCGGGCUCAGGUGCACAACUGAUUGAGUUGAUUUGUUUUGAAAGUUCUCCGCUGUUGUUUUUCAAUUUAUCGCGGGCUUAGGUCACUUUUUUCUUCAGGAGAAAUUCAGUUUGUUUCUCGCUUACGGCAAAAGUUGAAUCACUGCAGAAAGACAUCUCUUAAAAGAUCCCACAAGAGCUUCGCUUUUGGCCUUGGCUAAAUCUAUAUAUUAUCUAUUUGCAGGUGUUUGGCGUACAGUACUAUGGUGAAUGUUGGAGUGGUAGUGCUGACGUCGCCAAGUACGACAAAUACGGCAUCGCACCCCCCGAAAAUUGCUGGGAGGGAGUUGGUGAAGAGUGGACAAACUUUGUGUACAAGCUUGUGUAGAGGGGGGUGAGAAGGAUUUUAUCAAAGACACGUUUUAGAAACAAUGUUGUUAGGGAUUGUUACACACACAUUUUCCUUCUUUGUGAAUGCAUCAACUAAACAUAUUUUACAAAUAAGAAUUUCAAACAGAUACCCCAAAAUGGCCACUCUGUGUGAUCGAUAUCGAGUGUUCAUUUCAAUACUAUAUUACUGCAAGUAUAUUGAGCCACACAGUUUCACUACAUCCUAGCAUUAUGUAGCGAGUAAGUUAUCUUUCUGAGAUGUCUAACGUCUCCACUCCCAAACCCGUGGGGAGCGCGGGGAAGAGAGAAUUCAGACGACCGCAAGAUCCGCGUCCCCCACGCGUUAAGGGGUGGAGGCGACUGACAUUUAUGACUACGAGUAAAUGGCUAUACGUGCGAUGCCAUUUUGACUGAAGUUCUUAACCAAAAGAUCACAACCGACUUGAGAUUCAACCCUGCAAAUCUAAAUGUGUCGCACGUUCCCCGCACUUCACAUUUGAUGAUCACCGCCUGUUACGAGAUUGCCAGGCUAAAUUGUUUGCAAUGGUUUAUACGGAGGAACUUAGAAUUUAAAAAGCUUUCAAUUCAACUGUCUACGCUAUCUUCAACUGACUAACUAAAAGUACAUGUAGAUAAAAAUUGCUAACAGUGAUAUAUUUUCAUUUCAGGGAAGAUAUUUUUCGCAACUGGACUAUUCAAACACAUUGCUGUACACUUGAAAAUCCAAACACUAAUAAAUGACGUA